AUGACUGAUUUUCAAGAGAAAAUCCAGACAGGUAUUUUUUAACAAUUUGUUUUCAUUCAGCUUGUAUUUGUGGUUUUGGUUUUCAAUGAGGGGAGGACAUUAUUCAGGCUUUAUUGUGAGUUUAGUAUUAUUUAGAUAACUGUAAGCCCCCUUACACAUUUCCUAAUGAAAAACUGCCAAGUGUCAGGUGGGGAGAAGAAGCAGUUAAAAAUGCAUCCUGCUCUUUAUCUGGGGAUGCAGUGCUUAGACUCCCAUACAUGGCUCUCUUGCCAUGAGUUCCAAUCCAAAUUCAAUGGAUAAAAACCAUGCAAAUAAAUUCAUUUCCUCUUUUGGGACGAAUGGGGAUCCUCUGUGAGCAGAGAAGCUCCAUUUGUGCAAGCAAACAUAAAAACACCUGUUAUCCCGGGGCUAGGCAUCAUUACUGAAUAAAUGGUGAAACAAUUAAUCCUGCACUUUCCUCUCUGAAAGUUGAAGUACGUGGUUAGAAAUGUCACAAUGUUAUAGCUCUUCCUGGACCACAUUUAGGAAUUUGGUAUGUUUGUAUGUUCUACCACAUGAAAAGCUUAUCUUGAUGUGCUAGCUUUCUAUUUGCAGGGAGGGCUCUCCCCCCAACCUCUAGGCUUCCCUCCCCCCUUACUUGAAAUAAUAUGUUUCUUAGUUGGAAGAUAUGUUGCUCUGCUUCUGCAUCUUUGCUGUGACUUCACAAUUGUGGGUACAAUGCAAAAUUGGUAGUUUUGACAUUGAUUUCAGUGGGGGUGGGGGAUGUCUGUUGCAUCUGUGAUCCCCCAAUCAGACCCUGUGCUACAAUUUACUUUCUAUUUAAGAGAGGCCAGCAGCCUGGGGUCCUUCUGAGUCAGGGUUAUAGAGACCUGGUAGGGCUAUUGCCCCUACAGGAAGUCCCAACCUCUUCUCAUCACCAGGAACCUAAAUUCAAAUAAUAUUGCUUGGCUAUCUCUUAAAAAAAAAGUCCCUGGUCACAUUUACACCAUACAUUUGGUGUAAAUGUGACCAUACACUCUGGUCACAUUUACCAUACAUUUAAAGUGCUAUGAUACCACUUUGAACAGCUAUGAUUUCCCCCAAAGAAUUCUGGGAGCUGUAGUUUGUUAUGGGUGUUGAGCAUUGUUAGAAGGCCCCACUUCCCCUCUCAGAGCCACAAUUUUCAGAGUGGUUUAAUAAUCCCUCUUACUGGGUGACAUGCAGCUCUGUGAGGGCAAUGGGGGUCUCUUAACAACUCUCAGCACCCUUAGCAAACUACAGCUCGCAGAAUUCUUUGCGGGAUGCCAUGACUGUUUAAAGUGGUAUCUUCUUGUUGGUAUCCAUCUGUCUUGGGAGAUGAAAGAGGAGUUCACAUUUGGGGAUGAAGUCAAACUCUUGGAAGGUUACAGCACCUGCUGCAGCUGUAGAGACUGAUAAGAGAGAUGCUUUGUGCAGGUGGGGCAGUUGAAGGUGUCCAGUUGUGCUUCCACAGAUGCCCCAUGGCAUUUCUUCUCUCUGUGCUCCUCCCAGCGGUCAUUCCUCCUCUGGUCACUGCUAUGGAUGCUGUGGCAUCACUACUAUGGUAUCAUAGCUUUUUUCAAAUGUAUGAUGUGAAUGUGGCUUUUCUCUGUUAUCCCUUCCCCCUUCCCUGAGAUUUGGAGUUCUGACACUCACAGUCUCCACCCCAGAGUCUGGAAUGCUUAUCGCUUCCCUUUCAAUUUCCUCCUCUGGGAUAAUAAAGGCUUCCAGGUGCAAGCCUUUGUCAGCUGCGGAGCUUCCCAGUUGUAUGGCUGCUGCUCCCGGGUUGCUGUUUUCUAGGUUUAGGGUUGCCAGACCUCCAGGGCUGACCUGAAGUUUUCAGGUGGCAACUUCCAGGUGGCAGAGGGAGGGCUUGAAACUCCAGGAUGGCAGGAGUUCCUUAAAUUACUACUACUACUACUACUAUUAUGAAGAUUGUAUUUUCAGCUUGCAUGUUUCAGCCUGGUAGAAGCAGGCUGCAAAUUACUGCACAGACUCUCUGUAGUGUUCACCCUCCUCAGCUCCUGUCUCCCUUCUCCCAAUUAACCUCCAUCUCUGGGGCUCAAUGGUGGGAAGGAGUUCGAUGACAUAGUGACUCUGGUUAAUGCUCAAUGUUUCAUGCUUUAUGACAUAACCAGUGGCUGUCACUAGGUCUCAGGUUUGGGCCCUGGCAACCCUAUCCAAGACUUAUCUGCUGAGAAGCAGGACCACCACAGCCUUACUCACCCCAUCACCAUACCAGACAAUUAUAUAUAUUUAUACAGAGAGAGAGAGAGAGAGAGAGAGAGAGAGAGAGAGAGUUGGCUGUGAUGAUGCCAUAGAACAGGCAUAUCCAACAGAUAGAUCAUGAUCUACUGGUAGAUCACUGGACAUGGUGGAUCAUGAGAUGCUUAGUGAUUCCCUGCCCCCAAAGAAAGAUUUGGUUCCCCUAAAAAAAGCUCAACAACUUUGCCUCCCUUAAAAAAAGCUUCGCCUGUCAAUAACAGUGGGUAGAUCACAGCCAGUAUUUUUAUAAUGUGAGUAGAUCACAGUCUCUUUGGAGUUGGACAUGCCUGCCCUAGAGGGUUGAGGACUGGAGUCUGCUGUCAACAGCUUCUUACCCUCUGCCUCAAAUUCAUCUUCUGCAUAAAGUGGGAAUGUUUGUGGCCAGAAGCAGGACUUUUAAACCAGUUGCUCCAAGACUGUGGGGCAGUCUCCUCCUCUUUAACCCCCACCUCAAAGGUCUUUGCUCUUCUUGCUGUCUUUUAGCAGGGAUCACAAAACAUUUGGCCUUUAUUCUUGCUGACUACCUCCUUGGUUUUUCCUCCCCCGUUUUUAUUUUAUUUUAUUUUAUUUUACUAGAUUGCUGUUGUGCCUUUUGUCUUUGAUGUUUAUUUGCAUUCUAAUGUGCUAUCACAAUUGUUGUACGCCACCUUGAGCCCUGGAAAGAAGGCAUGGAAAUGUUUCAAAUAGAUAAAUGUCAAUCAAGUGCCUGCCAUCAGGGUAGCUCAAUAAUGGAUUCCAGCAUUUCUCUGUAGCUAUAGGGAAUUCAAGAAGAAGAAGAAAAUGUAGGCAAUUAUGUUAGAAUGAAUGUUUGUCACAAUCUACAAAAAUGUCAACAAGAAAGAAAGAAAGAAGCAGGCCUGAUGAAAGUAUUGGUGUUCAAUUUUCAUUUUUUCCCAUUUAGAAAAUGAUGGUAUAUCACACAUACAAAUACACCUUAAUUCUCCAGUGCAGGUGUCUAGGCUCCAUACAGACUGUGGCUGAAAAUACCACCUAUUGGUUUAUGGACAAACAUUUUUAGCACUUUCACAUUUCCCCUAUGAUGACUAAAUGGAUAGUGCACUUGAGUAUAGCCUAGAUUUCUUAAUAAUUAUGAAGAAUCAUUUAGUCUUAACUCACAGUCUACCCUGUUGUAGACUGUCAUGGUCCUUGACCAUGCAAUUUGAGUCAUGAAAUAUGAGUUGGGUGGCUUCUUGGAGUGAGUUGGCCUAAGCACUAUCUGAAAGUAUUUUCUGAAAGAGUGUUGUUGUUGCUGAUUUAGGAUUAAUACUUAUUUGAAACUUGUGAGCUGUAGCAAACAUUUGUUUGGUGGGAAGAUGGAGAUACCACAUGUGUCCAGUUAAUUCAGGGGACCGUGGCUCUUAUUUCUUAAUGACAUAAGAAUGGCUGGGGCAACCCAGUCAGAUGGGUGGGGUACAAAUAUUAUUAUUAUUAGUAGUAGUAGUAGUAGUAGUAGUAGUAGUGGUAGUAUUUAAUGGAGAACUACAUAGAUACAGAUGCAAAUUGAUUAAGAAAUUGUUUCAGCCUUGGUGCGCAGUCUGUAUUUUAUUUUGAGUAGAUCCUUCUCUUUUCAUUAAAUGUCUUGUCAUUCCUACUGAUGCUGGCAGAUCCACACACCUUUCAUCUUAUGCUCAUAUCAAGAAAUUCCAUCUGAAUUGCUGCUUCUUAACAUCAGCUUGAUUUCUUCUCCAGAACUGGUAGCAACCAGUGCGGUUUCAUUAUGAAAUCGGACAGACCAUCUUUUAACGCCUCUCUCCUUGAAAUCAGAUCAUAAAAGGACAGCCCCCUUUAUCAGAUUGCAAAAGGGAACCAGCAUGGAAAGUAAUGCCAGGAGCAGGUCCGGCCCUACCAUUAGCCAGAUGGAUGCAUCCCUUGCAUAAUCGGCCGUUCUGCUAACUGAAAGGGAUCUGGGAUACUAUACAGUUCAUUGACAGUGCAGCAGCUACUAGUGCUGCUUGGGGCUGGAAGAAAUUAUUGGAAACAUUUUUGGCCUGAGAUUGGGCGCACUGGCUUGCGUUUCUGCCUGGGAAACAUUAGCACUGCUCAACCCAGUCUGCAGUUACAGUAUCAGCCAGUCUUGCACAGCUUACAGCCUCGGUGACAUCUGCACUCCAGGAAUGUCUGAGGUUGCCAGGUCUGGGUGGUUUAGGACUAAGAUGCAUCAAGUUUUGGUCCGUCCCAUGAUUUCUUACUUUUAUUAUCCACAUAAGAAAGACGUUUGCUGCCAGUGUCUUACUCCUUGGUACCAUCUUUGGCAGGCCACAACUUUGACGGAAUAUCUGAAGUUCAGGAGCAAAACCAAAUCCUGUAAGAAUCCAUGCAAGCUUUUUCGCUGACAACAAUGGGAUAUGGAUAGUGGCUCAGUGUUUCAGGUGGUAACGAAACACAGGGGGCUGUUAAUCAUGCUCACAGCAUCCGUCUUCAAUUCUUUUUUUGCCGGUGCGGUUUCCCCCUCCCCAAAAUAUUCUAUUAGUUUUUGUUACGUAUGAUCUCCCUUUUGUGAAUCCAUGCUGAAUAUCUUUAAUUAAAUCAUAACUUUCCCUGUUUUGUCCCUGAUUAGUGUUUCCAAUAUCUUCCCCACUGCUGAAGUUGAGCUUACUGGUGUUUAAUUUCCUUGAUCUUCCCUAGAGCUGUUAUUAAGCAUAAGUGUUACAUCGGUUGCCCCAUCCAUUAGUAUUAAAGUUGCUUGCUGACUUCUACCUUUCUUCUUUUAAAACAUUGGUGGGAACUCUUCUCGUUUUCAUCCCUCAAAUGUUUUUUCAAAUGAGUUUCUCUCUCUCUUUACCUAUUUGCAUUCAUAUUUUCUUCUCUGUUCUCUGCAAGCCUUUGGAGCUGAUGAUCUUUAUAGCAUUAGCUUUUUCUAGAUCUGUUGAAACCAGCAGAGGAAUGGCCAUCAUUUCAGAUCUUGUUAGUGCAACCCCAAAUUACUUUGCCACGCCUGUGCCUCCAUUUAAAAAGUUGUAUCAGUGUUCAUUGGUCAAUAUUUUUUGUUUAAUGUCAGGGUCCAUUGAUCAUGCCCAAACUACAAGAUAAGAGAGUCAGUGUGGUGUAGUGGUUAGAGCAGGGUUCAAGUCCCACUCAGCUAUGAAGCUCACUGGGUGAACUCAGGGGCCAGUCACUGCCUCUCAGCCUAGCCUACCUCAUAGGGUUGUUGUGAGGAUAAAAUGAGGAAGGGAAGAACCAUUGUAUGCCACCUUGAGCUGCUUGGAGAGAAAAAAGUGGGAUACAAAUGCAGGAAACAAAAUAAAUAUAGCCUGGUACACCUAUGGAUGUGCAUAAUCUGAUUUAUUGCUAUGCAACCCUGUUCCCAUACUAUAUAUGGUCAUGAAUGCAUGGACAGGAAGGAGUAGAAUCAUACCUCUUAGAUCCACUCUGACUUCUGCAUGGUCAGCCAAAGGUCUGAAUAGAGCCUGAAUUUAUUUAAGUUGCACAUUCAUUAGAGCUCUCUGUGUGACCAGGAAAUUGAGUCCACACACCAUGAGAUCAGACAGUUACCCACUUACUUGGGUAAGCAAUGCUCAGACCAUCAACUGAAUCUAUGAAGGUUGGGAGCUUAAUUCCUGUCCCAAGUUAUUUCAGUUCACAGAUAUGUUGGAUGGACAGGUGACUGGCGACUGAAUGUCAGAUUUGACGUUGACAAGAAUUAUGGGGGUCAUCCACACUUCCACCUGUUCUGUGCCUAGAAAACAUGUGUCAGAGCGGUUUUGCCUUUCUUCUACUGCUUUCCCCGGAAAACCUGCUCUUUCGUCCUCAAUCAGAACAAACAGCAAGCAUCAGAAAACCCAAUUGCUGCUUGUUUUGAUUCAGAACUAAGGAGCCAACUCCUAGGAGCUAAGGUCCCUUCCGUCCCCUCCCUUAAGAUACUUUGUGGGACGGGGCUUACCUGCCUUUCAAUAUUCUAUUCAAGUUGGCAUCUCUGAAACCCCAGGUUUUCCUGGGGGGAAACAGCAGGGCAAAUGAAAAUGUGAAGGAGCCCUAAGUUUGAGGGGAGGUAAAAGUUCUGUCUGCAAUAUGAAAAGCUACGAUAGCUUGUUUAAAUAUAGAAGAGCCACAUGGACUGAGUAAAUGCAUCCUAAGGGCAGAUCUGUGCUUGUCGGCAGCUAUGCUUUAGGUUGCCCUUUCUUAAAGAACCUUUUUUGGGGGGAAAUGGAUGCUAUUGCAUUGAAACGAAUUGGGUGGUUUGGUAAUAUCUGCUCAUUUGUUGUUUAUUUCAUAAAAUUUAUACACCGCUUGACUGCAAAGAAAAUCCCUCAAAGUGGCUUAAUAGAGAAUAAAACAAUAAGAUUGCCAGUCAAAACAGCUCUUUGAAACGUUCAAAAAUAAAAUCAGCAAUAAACUGGAAACAGAUUAAAAUAAAUGUCAACGUUCUACAUGUCUGGGUAAAGGUAAAGGGACCCCUGACCAUUAGGUCCAGUCGUGACCGACUCUGGGGUUGCGGCGCUCAUCUUGCUUUAUUGGCCGAGGGAGCCGGCGUACAGCUUCCGGGUCAUGUGGCCAGCAUGACUUCUGGCGAACCAGAGCAGCGCACAGAAAUGCCGUUUACCUUCCCAUCGGAGCGGUACCUAUUUAUCUACUUGCGCUUUGACGUCCUUUUGAACUGCUAGGUUGGCAGGAGCAGGGACCAAGCAACAGGAGCUCACCUAGUCGCGGGGAUUUGAACCGCCGACCUUCUGAUUGGCAAGCUCUGUGGUUUAACCCACAGCACCACCCACGUCCCUCACAUGUCUGGGUAGUCUUGCCUAAACAACACUGUUUUUUAGCAGGUGUUGAAAAGAGCACAGUGAAGGCGCCCGGCUGAUGUCAAUAGGCAGGGAGUUCCAAAGUGUGGGUAAUGCCACGCUAAAAUAUUGUUUUUUUUACAAAGGCAGAACAAGAAUUAUGCGGCACCUGUAACAGUGCCAGUUCUGCAGAUCAAAGUGAUCGAGUGGGCUAUAAGAUGAUGUUUCAGGUAAAUUUUCUACUUGUCACCUGAUUUGCAUAGGCAUUUCCAUCAUUUAACAAUGAACUUGUGUGUGACAAGCAAAUCAUUACAGCUAUGGGCAUUACUUUGACAGACAGAACUUUGCUACCUCUUGACAUCACCUCAAAUGCCAGGAUGCCUGUUCACUUAACCCUGGAUGUUGCAAAACUCAAACAAGAGGGACCAGAUGGUGGGUUGGUUUGGAUAAAUUUGGAGUGAUUCCCAAUUCUGGUCCACCUGCCACCUGGUGUCAUUUUGAGAUUUGCCCUGAUGGCUGCAAAAGUCCUGCUCUGAAUUAAUCAAAGCCUAAAAAUAAGGCCUUGAGGUGAUGCUGCUGGCUACAUACCCAAAUGGGUGAAUGCUAGGACUAUAAGGAAGUUGGCAAUGCAUUUCGAAUAUGAACUUACUGCCUAGUUCAUAACCCAGUUAAGGUGAAUAAUGUGGAUUUCAGGUGUUUGAGAGUCUUACUGACUUCAGAGGGAUGAAAUAAGUUUAAUAAAAAGGAUCAACCAAGGCACACAGGAAGCCACCCUUGGGGUGUGUCGUUUUAGGGGGUGAAACAAUUUUUGCAAAUUUCUUCAGUGAGGGGGGUCUUUAAAGUAUGGUUUAGGGUGUGAGGAAUUCAAAUCUGCUAUUCUUUUUGUGAUUGAGCGUUUACCUUGGUAAGUCUACGUUUGAUGAAGUACACAAACUGCUUUUGGAAAACCAAAGAGUUUACAUUUUACCUUCCAAAAAUGUCGGGUAAUUCUUAACAAGAAACAAACAAACAUGCAAGCAAACAAACGCCAAGUUCUUGGCAAUCAUAUUUAAUUAUUUCUAUGCAAUUUUAUGCACAUUUUACUUACAAAAACCCCCUAAAUUAUAUUAAUUUAACUAAAAUAUAUUUUGAAUCCCCAAGUCAUGUUACAGCUUUGUAGCACCCCUCUUUAUUAUUAUUUUGGAAUUUGAAAAUGGAAAAAGUCAACACUCAGUUGAGUCAGACCACUGUUCUAUCUGGGUCAGUAUUAUCUACUCUGACUGACAGUGACUCCCUAAACCCUACUGGGGACUUUCCUCAAGUCACCUAUGAAUUAUGUACCUGCCAUUGGAACUCACGUGUUUCCAUGAAAUCAACCUGUUAAUAUAUUUAUAUAUAAGUGUGUGUGUCUACACACCCACACCCACACACCCCUAUUUGUCAUCUAUCUGUCUAUCUAAUCUAUCCACCCUGCUCUGUCCUUAACUCACCCAUAUUGCGCAAACAUAAAAAAAGAGAAAAGUCGACUACACUUUGGAUAACAGGGUGUCAUUCAUCUUUCUGGAAAUCCUGGGAACCUGAGCAUGAUGGUGUGAGUUUGAGCUGGAGUAACAGACUGAAUACCCCCUUCCUCUCCCCCCCUUUAAAAAUAAAAGUCAGACACUGCAUGCUACUGUAAUGACAUUUUAUAUCUUCUCUUCCAUAGUCUAGCAGAGGGAGCCACAGGUGUUCCAUUGGAAUUACUCACACAUUUGUCGAAUUGGACAUUCUGUCAUUAAAUGGACUUAAAACUAAAAAGCCUUUGUCUGCGGACGGUGACCAAUAGAGAGAGACUUUGGAUUAUCUGAUAUCCCAUAACUUAAUCAUAUGGCUCUUAAGAGUGAGGCAUAAACAGCUGUGUCUCACUAAUAUGCAUGCAAUAUGUGUAAAGUGAUAUGCUUUAAUUCUAAACUUGUUUUCAGCAGGAAGAAGGAGUUGGGGGGAGAGCAUUUAGACAAGGAACAUAAAGAUUCAGCAUUUAACCAUUUUUGUUCCUGGAGGCAAAAAAAAUUCAUCACCUGAUAUUUAUUAAGAUGGCCGGCCCUAUUUGCUCUAACAAUAUGUACUACAAAGGAGCUGUCAAAAUGUUUUCAAACUUGGAUCGCAAACUUUAUCAAAUAUAGCUCCAGGAAUGGCUUCACUCACGCUUUCAGAAGCCACAAAUAAAUAAAUAUAUUUAUAAUAGUUUUUUAAAAAAUAAAAAAGCUUUAUCUCCAACAAUAUAGGCAAAACAACACUGUUGUCUUUUUCUUUAAUUUAUUGCCUGCGGUGUUUUGUGCUUUUCAAAUGCUACUAGCAUAUAUGCAUUUGAAAUCUGUUUUCCCCUCCACCUUAAUUGAUAGUCUGUGCCCUUUGCAUUUCUUAUUACUUAAGUAUGUGUGCUUUAAUAAUAUUAAAAACUAAGACAAAGAAACUGUAGAUUAGAGACUUUAUUUUCAGGGUAAAAUGAUACGGAUAAGUGAGCGUCAACUGACCAGAAAUUAUUUGCUUCUGUCUGUUAGACACGUAAUGGAGUCAUUUAACUAGUCAAAUUAGGAGCUGUAGAAAUGCACUAUGCUUCAUUACUGAGUUCGAAUGGGCACCAUUUUACAUUUACGUCAAAAAUUAUCUCAUAGCAAAUUAAUGUUUUCAUUGUGCCGAAACACCAAAGCAAUGCAGUAGUAGCACCACCUAGAGGCCGUUUUGAAAAUAUUUCCAAAUGUAUUUUUAUCCCUUGUAGAAGUGAAGAAAACAAUGAUAAAUAGAUUAGCUUUAAAAUGCCAAAGCUUGAUCAACCUGCACCUCUCAACAACAAAAAAAGAAGUUAUUUUUUAUCCCUACAAUUUAGUGAAGUAUCAUAUCAAGGUAGAUAAAGGUGGAACUGCACUAUCAAUAGUUGCAAUCUUCAUACUUCAAAAUUAUGGCUGUGGUAUAAAAGGAUUGCUGCCAUAUAUAUAUAUAUUCCAAGGCCUGCUCAAUUCUUCUACAAGAAGCUUUGAGAUUUGUUAAAAAUUGGAAAGUUCUGAGGUUAGUGAACACCAUGAACAAGAUGGCACUUCUCAAAAUUACAGAUUUGAGGGUUUCCUGUAUAAAAAGCAAAGGUCUUGAAUAUUGACAUUGGAUCUUACCUGAACAUAAGCUAUAUACACAACGGAAGUACUCAAAUUUUGCCAUAGCAUGCUUCCCCUGGUUAAGGAACAGUUGCUUAAGACAACUAAAAAGUACUAAACUGUUGUUUAUGUCAUAUCUUGAGUUGGGAACAGAACUGGGUGCAUGUUUAAAUGGGGGAGAAUGUCAUAUAUGUAAGUUUCCAGUGAAGAAGAAAAAAAGCAAUUGAAAACACAAUAAACAAAACAAGGAAGGAAUUGUUUCCAUGAAUUCCUAGCAGCCCCCUAUAUGCCUGCUUUCAAUGUCCAUAUUUGACAUGUUAAAGUCACCCUGAUAUUCUUGUACAUCAGCAUGUUCACUUGGAGAACUAUUUCCUGUGAGUGCACCCCUACUUAGUGACAGCUGGUAUUUACCACAUCAGGUGAAAAGCUUGGGAGCUAACAGGCUCCCUGAUGUGGUAAAUACCAGUUGUCAUCAUGUUGGGGAGGGGUGCAUUCAUAAGACAAACUCUCUAUGUGAAAUUGAUGAGGUAAAAUAAUCUCAUGAUGACUUCACCAUGGGAAAGAUGAAAGGAGAAAUCAGUCCAUAGUCAAAGGGUGGUUUUCCGUGUGAUGAUGCAGAGAUGCAGAAUUUGCAGUGGGAUGUUGCACGAACCGAACAGAUCUGUCGUGGAUGUAUGCACACAUCUGUGUCACCCUGGAGGCAUAGGUGUGAAUUCCCCUUUCAAAUGACAUCCUGGAAAGACGGAACAAAGAUAAGUAAGUUUUUUAAAAAUGUAGCUAUGAGGAUGCGCCAGGAAUUAUUUGCAGCUGUUGCUGCUUCUGUGUCAUGCAUGAUUAUGUUAACUACUGUAAGAAGAGCAGGAUGGAAAUGUCUUGGAUAAAAUUAAUAGGAGGUUUGCCUGAUACUGAACAGUUUGUCCAUCUAGUUCAGUAUUGUCUACUCUGGCUGGCAGCAGCUCUCCAGGGUCUCAGACUGAGAUUUGUCCCCUCAUUUUCAUCUAGAAACCAGGAAUUGGGACCAUCUGCAUUCAAGGCAUGUGCUCUACCACCGAGCUUCUCUGUCGUCCCUUGCCAAAUGUAUACGGCAGUUAUCAAUGAGGAGGCCAGGCUUGCCAAAUGUAUGACCACCAAGCCAGAUGCAGAUCUCCGGCCAUGACAUGCAUUAUAGCUGUCCAGGUGAUUUAUGAGGAUUUUAAAACACACAAACACACACAAAUCGCUGCAGGAAUGUGAAAAACUAGAUUUAAGAUAGGAAAAAACGGAGGAAUGGAGGGCGCCAAAAUGGACAGAUCCUUCCAUCUGUGCCAGGCAGGAAGCAAAACAAGGAAGGUUUAUCAAGCUUCCUAGUGGCAGGUGGGUUGCACAUCUGCCCAUAUGUUUACAGCGAUCAGGCUGGCCAUGGGUUUGCAUAGAGUGCCAGGUGAGGAAUGCAUUCUGGGUAUCAAGUUCCAGCAAAAGAAGGAAGGGGAAGGAUGAAUGAUGAAUGAAGGUUUUGCCUUCUUUUGCUCCCCUUCCCACACUGGGUCCCUUUAAUAUCCCCCUCUCCAUUAUGUGGUGGUCAUUUUCUUUCCAUGAGCCAGGAGAAGCAUGGCCCACUAUGCAUGGUUGUGCUCACUGUGGCUGAUGGGAGCUGUAGUCCCAAACAUCUGCAGGGCACCAGUUUGACAAAGGCUGUGCCGAUCAGGUUCUCAGAAGUUACCACAGUGAGUUUCCAUAAGUCAGGCUUCUGGUGUUGGUGGGGAGCUCUUCUGCGUCUUUCUGACUGGGAUGGGAGAGAAGUAGGAGAGCAUUAGUCUGCCUGAUCCAAGCCUUGUUUUAGAGACUUUCAAAAUCCUUUUAAAGCAGCCUUUUGAUGGCUUAUUCAGAAGGAAGUUGCUGUUGUCGCUGUUGAUUUUUAUGACUGUAAUCUUGCAAUUAUUUUGAUUGUUGUAAAACACCUUGGGUAUUUUCCUAUUAAGGGAAACAUGGGGUAUAAGUAGACCGAUACGCUAAAAAUAGAUGCACUCCUAAGGCCACUUCUGUUACUAUAUAUCCCACAGAACCUCAGAGCACACAUUAUUAUUCCUUUUGGUGUUCUCCAGGGUAUAUCAUGGGCCAUAGCAAUUGUCUAUAUUCACGUAUUCAGAGAUUUUGUUACGUCACUUCUUUUUGUUCCCUUUAUAAGGAAGCAAGUUUUUUGAACCCAUCCCUGAAGUAUUUGAACACAAAAGGCAAUAGACUAAUAGCACUAGAUGAACAAGCUACUGUAUAUGUCACAUGGAACCCAUCUAGAAUUACACUUAUCUCUGACACAAAUGAUCAUUUAUUCAUUAAAAUGCUGCCUGCUAACUAUUGUUAGGAGACAGAAAAAAAAAUUCAUGUUAAUUGUGUCAAGUAUGUAAUUUUUGUUAGUACACUGUAUUUUUCAUAUUUCAAUGAGGUACUCUUCAGGAACCUUUUGAAAAAAAAGAUCAGAUAAAUUGCUUGCAGUAUUAUUUUCUCACUAAGUACGAUAUCUUAGGCAUGAACUGUGGUGUUAAGUUCAAGGAUGAUGACAAUGACUUUCGGGCUAUGGUUAUAAUAAUAUCAAAGCUGUAGACAAAACAAUAUGCAGGAGAAUGAGCUUCCAUUUAUUCCAGAUGCAGCUCUGAGAAUGAGCAGCAAUGGCCUCAUCCAAACAAUACUUACUUGGAAGUAAGUCCCACCAGCUUCCCUGGGACUUGCAUGUUAGCAAAUAUGCUUAGAUUUGCAGCCUUAAGAUAUAAUUCAUGCUGCAUGGUAUGAGCAAUUGAACCAACACAAACAGGAUGGAUCCUUGGCCUGAUCCAGCGGGCUCUUCUUUUUGGAAAGAUGGAGAAAACUUGUUUUCUCCUGCUCCAGAGGGUAGGACACAAACCAAUGUAUUCAAAUGACAAGAAAGAAGAUUCUGACUAAACAUUAGGAAGAACUUUCUGAUAGUAUGAGCUGUCUGUCAGUGGAACGAGCUCCCUUAGAAGGUGGCCUUUCCUUCAUCAAAGGGUUUUAAUCAGAGUUUGGAUGGCCAUCUGUCAGUGAUGCUUUAGUUGUGAUUCCUGCUAGAUGACCCUUGGGAUUAGUGUGGCUUUUGAAGGAUAGUGGUUAUCAUAUUGUUUGGGAAAGUGCAAAUUUGAUAGAUUUCGCUGCAGAUGUAUACUGGCUUGAAUUUCUCCUCCAUUCCCAGUGGAAGGAAUGGAACGUAUUUGAGCAAAGGUAAUAGGUAUAUCUUCUCUGUUUAAUGUCCCAUAGACACCAUGGUGGUAAACUGUGCCAGGAGAUAUUUGCACUCUCUUAAUUUAUGGUACCGUGAUGUUUCAUGCAAGAGAAUUGGGCUGCUCUGCAACACAUAUAAUUUAUCCAUGUUGCUCCAUGUUGUUCUGUGCCCUGUGCAUAACUCCUGGAGUGCAGUUGUAAGAUUGCAAACUUGACGGCGAUUACCGCUAUCUGGAAGGGUGAGUGUCGCUAAAAUGAAAGGACUUUCUUUUAUGCAAAGUGUUAGGGUCACGGCACCAAGUUAAUUUCAGAAUCAAAUUUCAUGCAAACAGCAAGCAAAACGGGGCUCUCUAAUGGUCUCCUGGCGCCCCCCCUCCCAACUUCCCUUUUGUUCUUCUCUGUCUGUAGAAAUAUAGCUCACCUCCUGACAUGCAACUUGUCUGCCGACUCUGCAAUGGUUGAGCUUUCAUGUUAUGUUUACCAAGGCUAGACUGGAGGAUCAAAUAAUUUAUAACCAUUCCUGUUGGGUUUUAUGUAAUAACUUUGGAACUCAUAUAAAGUAAUGAUCCACAAACUCUUUUAAUGUUCAUUAUAAAAUAUGAAAUAUUUCUCAGAACCAUUGCAAUUAUGUGACCAGACAUAACUGUUUCACACAUGAGUACAUACAGGGAGGUUUAACAUAACUUUAUUAUCUUCCUGUCUUUUCCUUUCAUUGAUGUGAUAAUAGUGUUUUAAUAUUUUUUUUUUUUUGCUAGAGAAAAGUUAAACAAUUUCGGAAUCUCUGCUGAGGCCUACUUUAUUGGUUUUUGCAAUAGAGUACUCAAGAAUAAUUGUAUUUAUGAUUAGAAUGACACUAAUAAACGGUAUAUGCAUAGAGAAGCAAAUACCCCAACAGAUUUUUAUAUAAUUGUGUAUGUAUAUACCACUAUAUCUUGCACAAAACUCAAGGAGACAGAAGAAAUGAAAUAUUCAUAAUCAGCCUAUUCCUCUAGGUGUUUCUCAUCUGCCCUUCAUAUGCAAUUUAUAUUGCACCUAGGUGGCCCCAUAAUUUACAGGAGGGUCUAUUUGUCGAAAACUGGCUGGAGAAGGGAGGGGAGGCUGCAACAGGUGAGGAGUAAAUUGAGGAGAGGGGCAUUUGUAAACAGGAAUUGCUGGGGGAUUCAACUCAGGUCACAUUUAAAGCCAAAUUGAUCAGAUCUGCACUUUCAGAAACAAUAUAUGUAACUGAAACACAUGCAGCUUUUGAAAUUUCCACUUCUCCAAAUUUCCGGUGCGGUUUUGUAUACGGAAACAAUAUUUACAAGAAUGCACGUAUCAGGGGGAAGUGAUGAAGAUAUUAGUGAAAAUAACAUACCAAAAAUGCUUUAUAUUUGGGGAAAUUGUAUGUAUGGUCAAAAAAAUAUGUUUAUUAGGAGAAACUCACACCAAAAGGUUGAUGCGCUUCCAUGAGGAUUCUUCUUGCUGACGGAUUGUUGGGAACUGAAUUCAAGAUUGGAGAACACGAGAAGGACUGAAAUGGACAAAUCUUUCCAUCUAUAUAUCUUUAUUUAUUUAGAUUGCAUUUAUAUUCCACCUUUCACCUCCUAGAAGCUCAAAGUGACAUACACAGUUGUCUCCCUCCUCAUUUCAUCCCCACAACAACCCUGUGAGGUAGGUUAGGCUGAGAGUAGGCAGUGACUGGCCCAAGGUCACCCAGUGAGCUUCAUAGCUGAGUGGGGAUUCGAACCCUGGUUUCCCGGGUCCUAGUCUAACACUCUAACUACUAUACUACAUUGUAGAGUCCCCAUCUCUUGCCACAUUGUGACUCUCUUGCCUGCAGCUGAGUCAUGUUCGAAAUGAUGAGGAAAAGUCUGCCAUUAGGACUAUUAUCCGAUGUGAUAUGAGAUCUGGAAAGGAGCACAAGAGUCAAAGCCACUUUGUUUAAAACACACAAGAAACGACUUAGCAGCAACACUGAAAGGGGAGGAACCGCAUUCUCCCAUAAGUCAAAAGCCGCCUUUCUCGAGCCUGACCUUUGACCACAAGGCCUUUUAGUGAAGUCUUUCUCCAGCAAGCACUGGAUGUGUUUAAGGAAUCACAAGGACGGUAACGCAGAAAUAUUAUUUUCCCUAGUCAGGAACAAACUACAGAAUUCUAUGUAACCAAAGCCAAGGGAGGAGAACCGUGAAUCCGUUAUGCACAGUCCUUUCUAAUGUGAGGAAACAAAUUUGUUAAAUUAUUUCACACCAGCCCUUUCUUGUGGAAUACGGCUCUAUUCUCCACGUUGAAAGUCAAAAUUAUUGUACUUUGUGUUAUGCAGUUCUAAUGGAUUGAAGUAGGAUUUUGCUUCGUUGUGGUUUUCCUGGUUGAAAAAUAUGGUGUGACUAAUGACAUAGUGAGAGGGAUAAUAGAUUCACGAGGUGCAAAGGAUGCUUCUCACUAAAUGUAGCUAAUUUAGGUUAUUUAGGAUUAUAUGCAAAGCAGUUAUCCCCCCCCAUACGUGAAAUGUUCUUUUCUCUCAAGAAAAGUAAGAUUUUGCGUAAGGAAGCAAUACUCUUUUCAUAUUGGAUAUCACUCUCUGGAAUGUCGUAAUCUAGGAGCUUCAGUAAAUAACUAAAUGUCCAUGUGCGCUGCGCCAUCACUCUAUUCUGCUCUGAGCGUGCAGAUGUUUCAAGCUUGGAAAUUUGAAUCACAGCCAUCAGUUGUAUGAUUUUUCAUAGGCUGCCAUAUUAUGACUGCCAUGUUAUGACUGCCACUUUAUAGGUUGUAUCCAACGUUAGCACUAGUAAGUUAAAGUCACUUAGUGGUAUACUUGUUGCAACAGUGAAAUGUAUUGCACCAGAACAUGCAUAAGCAGGUUGCUAGUGACUUGGUUGCACAAUAGAUGGUGCAAUCUGUUGCAUGAUGAGUUUCUCCUGGGGCAGCUGUUGCACUGGAUUCCUCAGUUGUGUUAUCUUGCUAGCGCAAGUGCCCUAGUGCCAGAGGCGACAGCCCUAAGUGGCUUUCAGGUGCAUCUGUGUGUCAAGGUGAGGCAACCAUGCCCUGCAGUUCAACCUCCAUCUCUCCCUGGGGGAUGUGGUGAAGUAGAGAGUAUUGUUUGGUACCCCUGUGGCAAAGGUGGAGUGUGCAAGCCCUUUUCUCUGUGUUGAUGGCCAACACUGAUGUAUGGAUCACCUAUGCAAGCAGGAGCUUCUCUGUUUACUUCAGUGGAAAUGCUCGUUCUAAGUCACCCCCCAAAUUGUGGUUGAAGAAGGAAGCUCUUAUUCUCUUUAAUUUAUUUGUUUGAAGCAUUUUCACCCUGUUCUUCAGCUGAAAAAGACUUAAUGCAGAUCAGUGCUGCUAAAGCAGUGCCUGCCCACAGCCUGCAAUCUAAAAGAUGUGACUGUGAAGAAAAGGGGUGAUGGGGGAAAAAAAAGCAAACCCAGUCACUAAUUGUAAGGCUCACAUGCUGUACCUUCAAAGCACAUUCAAAGCUCUUCUCCCCAUCCUCAAAGAAUUCUGGGCACAGUAGUUUGUUAGGGGUUGCUGGGCAUUGUAACUCUGUGAGGAAAAAAAGUACAGUUCCCAGGAUUCUUUGGGGGGGGUGCGCUCUGGCUGUUCUUUAAAGGUAUAGUAUGUACACAACCUUAGAACUAGUGCUUGGAUUUGCUUUCCCUCCCCAGCGUUGAAAACCACUACAGAGCCAGGGUGGAGUAGUGGUUAGAAUGUUAGACUAGGACCUGGGAGACCAGAGUUCAAAUCCUCACUUGGUCAUGAAGUUCCUUGGGUGACCUUGGGCCAGUCACUGCCUCUCAGCCUAACCUGCAAAGGUGGGACAAAAAUGCAAUAAAAUUAAAAAUUUACUUCAGGUGUCCUUUGAAGAUAUAGGGAAAGGGAAAGGGAAAUGACCCCUGGACAUUUAAGUCAAGUCAAAAGCGGCAAUGGGGUUGCAGCUCUCAUCUCGCUUUCAGGCUCAAGGAGCCAGCUUUUGUCCACAGAAAGCUUUCCGGGACAUGUGACCAGCAUGACCAAACCGCUUCUGGAGCAACGGGACACCGUGAUGGAAAACAGAGUGCAAGGAAACACCAUUUACCUUCCCGCCGCAGCGGUACCUGUUUAUCUCCUUGCACUGGCAUGCUUUCAAACUGCUAUUUUGGAAGGAGCUGGGACAGAUAAAGUGUCCAUGCAGCCUUAGUUAAAAAGUUGUUAUAGUGACCAGCUGUAAUGGGAACAAUGGGUUAUAUGCAGUGCUAUUGCUAGACAGAAUAAACCUAUUGAACUUAAUGGGCAUAACAAACUAAGGUGCAUUAAUUUCAAUCGAUUUACUCUGAGUAGGUGCCAACAACCCGGUUCAAGGAGCAGACAGGCCAAGAGGAGCUGGUAUUGAGCAGAGGUAAUGGAGUGGUCAGGGUUACUUUUUUGCCCUCAGCUGUAUCCUGAUAUCAUAUAUCCACUUUUCAAUACGGGCACCACCCACUAGCCUUUUAAUCAGGUUAAGGGACAUUCAUAGGCUUCAGUGUUCACUCUAGAUAAUCAAGUUACAUUUUAUUUGAAUUGCAUAUCAUAUCCUUUUAUUUUUAAAAGAGAAGUAAUUUUUUUACUUAAAACAUGUGCAACUAUAAUGAUCUUAUUUAUUUAUUUAUUUAUUUAUUUAUUCUGUUUAUUUAUUACAUUUUUAUCCUGCCAUUUUUUUACAAGGUGCUCAAGGCGGCAUUCAUCGUUCUCCUCCCCUUCCAUUUUAUCCUCACAACAACCCUGUGAAGUAGGUUAGGUUACCCAGUGAGCUUCAUGGCUGCAUGGGAACUAGAACCCUGUCUCCCAGAUCCUAGUCUGAUACGCUAACCCAGGGGUAGUCAACCUUUUUAUACCUACUGCACACUAAUGCAUCUUUCUUGAUGGUAAAAUUUCCUUACCACCCACCAGUGUUCGUUGGAAGAAUUCAGCUUGUGCCAUAGAACCCCCUACCGCCCACCUGGAAUCCUGAAAUGCCCACUAGUGGGCAGUAGGGACCAGGCUGACUACCUUUGCUCUAACCACUACACCACACCAUUUCUCAGUAAGUUCAUCUAAUAUUUUGGUGAAAAAUACAGAUCUCUAGCUCUGUGUUUUAAAUGCUGGUAGCCUAACAUUAGUGCAGUUUUUGAAGAAGUUGACCUCCCUCACUCCAGCAUGAAAAUCUUACACUUUUCAACCCAGAGAGAAGUGUUUGGUGGAUGGUAAACAAUGCUGUUUGAACUCAACUCAUCUUUUAUCCCUUGCCAUUGUCUCUGAUGUAGAAAGGAGCAUCCUGGAUUUCAGGCCUUGCCACUCCUUUGGCCUUGAUGCCCGUAGAAUUGUUGACUGUCAAUAUUAUUAAGCGUACUGCCGGCAUCCUCAGGUUAGCUCAUCCGCAGUGCUGUCUCUUGAGAGUCAAGAGAUGUCACUCCUGUCUAAGUGGCGGAGUGAUAAUACAUCUGUACUGUCGGCAUGUGACACCUCUCUGUCGUGUGGCUUUGUCAAUGGACGGCAACUCUUGUCAUUUUGCUGUGAGACAUAACACAAAGCACACAUCUCCUUGACACAGUAUCAACGGCAGAGCUAUACAAAAAAAAAGUUUGACAGCUGCCCUGUAGGAUCUAGAUUUUAUUUGUUUGAUGGCCUGUGUGGAAUGAUGCCAUCUUCACUCAUGCAUGUUUGCAAGAUGCCCUUCCUCCUCUGUGGAGGAGACAGUCUACACACUUUUGGUGCCAUUUCUUUAAUCACAAUCUGAGACGAGGAGUGGAGUGGAGCGACGCCGUGCUAGCCAUCUGCGGCAAUAGCCUCAGUCUCUCACUCUGGAGAAGGCAGGGCUAAAUCACAGAAUUGCAGAGUUGGAGGGUACCUUGGGAGUCAUCUAGCCCAACCCCCUACCUUGCAGGAAUCACAACUAAAUAAUCCCUAACAGAUGGCCAUCCAAUCUCUGUUUAAAUACCUCUAGUGAAGGAUAGUCCACCACCUUCCAAGGCAGUCCGUUCCACUGUCGAACAGCUCUUGCCCUCAGAAAGUGCUUCCUAAUGACAGAGAAACAAUUAUCAGAUUUUCCUGUUCUAAAACAAGUUAUGUAUAGUAUGUCUAAGAAGUAGGUGACAUUAUUUGACACUGAGACUUACUUGGCUCAUCAUUAACCAUGGCCAAGAUACUGUUUUCAUGUGGAGAAAUAAAUCCAAUGGAUUUUUAUGGUACAGUGGUACCUUGGGUUACAAACGUUUCAGGUUACAAACACUUCGGGUUACAGACUCCGCUAACCCGGAAGUAGUACCUCUGGUUAAGAACUUUACUUCAGGAUGAGAACAGAAAUUGCGCAGCAGCGGCGGCGGCGGCAGCAGUGGGAGGCCCCAUUAACUAAAGUGGUACCUCAGGUUAAGAACAGUUUCAGGUUAAGAACGGACCUCCAGGACAAAUUAAGUUCUUAACCAGAGGUACCACUGUCCUUCUAAAAGUUUGUGAGGUUGACAACAACAUGGGGCAAAACUGUCUUCUGAUGGGUUUUUUUUGCCAGUGGUUAUGGCAGCUUGUUGACUUGGAGGUUAAAAAAAGAAUAUAUAAUCUUUCCCCCCUUCUCCUUCAGCCUUCUUCCGCAUGCUGCAGAUUACACCUGAUUUGUAAUGAUAACUCACUGCACUAAUUUCUUAAUGCUUAAUUAUAAGAUGGCAAUCACAAAAAAGAAACAGUCUGAUUGUUCAAUGAAAAUGUAAAAGUUUUCUAUUAAUCAUUAUCAAUCAACGGAUCUUGUAAUGUGAAGCACCAAUCAAAUAAGAGCUGAAAUAUUUUUUUUGCUCUGCUAAUUAGGGCUUGUCUUUUGUACCUUCUCCGUGCCGAUUUGCCCUGAUGCGAGUUUUGUAUUCUGGAGGCCUGAAGGGUCUUACUAAAAAUUUAGCUUCUAUUGUCCUUUCCCCGCUUUAUAAACCCUUCUAUGAAUUUGAAAGACUUUCAUUCUGAAGAUGCGGCGAAGUUUCAUGAGCUCGGCAAGUUUGCAGAGAGUUUGCAUUUGUGCUGUUAACACAGACUGAAUCACUCAGCCCAUUUUCAAAUUUCACAGAUCAUUUUGUAGAAGAAUAAAUAAUGCCAGCAGAGUUGACUCUUCAGUCAGGUGCCGCAAAAAUAGGGGUUUUGUGCAGGGAUAGAGGGUUUUUGAUGAGUAUACUAAUGGACCUUGGUCCGGGAUGCCAAGGUAUAUGUACAAAUUUGGAUGCAGAAAUGAGGAAUUUAAUUUGACAUUUUCAGAAUUAAUAAUAUUCAAAUUCUAAUAUUCUUGACAAGGUGUUAAGUGCUUUUAAGUUCUGUUGUUUUAAAUGGGUGAAAGUUAAUCAACAAGACUUAAACGGGCUUAAUAUUAGCUAGCCCUAAGGUAUCUUGAAAAAUGGAGAUUGGUUGUGGGCUAUCUCUGCUGAUAGCUGUAGAUUUCCAUUCAGAUUUUUUAUUACAUUCUGCACUGGAUUCUAUAUUAUUAAAAUGUAGAACAUAAAUAUUAGAAGUAAUAAUAGUAAUAGUAGUAGUUAUACUUUCCAAAAAAUAGAGUGGCUGAAUUCAAAAUCAUGUAAAUCACUAUUGCUGCACAAUUUUUUUUCUGAAGGUAUCUGAAGACUUUUUAAACUAACUGAUCAAUUAUUCAAUUAACCUUCUUAUCACGCACACACACACACACACACACACACACAACUGCAGUUGAAAGGUUGGGCUGUAAAAGGUUUAUAUUGAUUGAAGUCUUCAAACCCCUAUGUUUUGCUAUUGGAUUUGGAUAGUCAGGUAUCUAAGGUGAUCUUGAGAAUUCAAUCAGUUUUAAGGUUAUGGCUUUGUAUUAUUGCCCAAAUGCAUUUGUUCAGGUACUCUCAGGGGCUCAAGCAAAGCCCACAGUGUGACAGGGUAGUCCAUUCUGCUCCACAUUAUGGCAAAAAAGCUAGCAAAAUCCUGCAUGUGCCCAUUCGCAGCAUCUAGUCCAGCAUCCUGCCUUUAAUGGGCUUCAACUAGAUAGGUCACAAAUUGAAGAAGACAGAGUUGGUGCUAAGCGCUGGUGUUUGCUCCCAGCACCUGACAAUCAGACUGGGGAUUUCAACACCAGUCUCCCUGGUCCUAAUCCAAACACUCUAACCACCACACCACACUUAACCUGGAGAUAAAAAAAAUUGAGCACUGGGAUUUAUUUCGAAGUAAAUAUACAUAGGAUUGCCGUGUAAGAGACUUAGCUACAAACCAGAAAGACCUCAGGUCAGGGGCACCAUCUACGGGGGCCGCGGAGCCAGGGCCCUACCAAUAUUUUCAAGAAGGGGGUUGCCCCCCCCAAAUCUACAUCCAUCCUCAAAAGAAUGUGCCAGGGUGAAGACGCUUUUGAAGAUCGCUAGAUGAAAGAGCAAAGUAUCUUCACCCCGUGUAUCCCUUUGAGGAUCGCCAGAGUGCGUUCUGGGACAGUGUGAUGGCGAUCUCUGUCAAGGAUACACAGGGUGAAGCAUCUUGGCCUCGCACAUCCCUUUCACAAGGUAAGGUGGCUGGUGGAUGGAGGAUAGUGGGCCGAGUUGGCCUGGCCGGACUGGGGAUGGGGGCAUCACACAUGUGACGUCAAGCAGCUAUGGGUCCCCCCAGUGUUGGGUGCAACUUAGUGCCACUGCCUCAGGUUGAAUCUCACAUCUCCCCUGUACUCAUGUGAUGGCGUUUGUUGUUGUUUAGUCGUUUAGUUGUGUCCUACUCUUCAUGACCCCAUGGACCAGAGCACGCCAGGCACUCCUGUCUUCCACUGCCUCCCGCAGUUUGGUCAAACUCAUGCUGGUAGCUUCGAGAACACUAUCCAGCCAUCUUGUCUUCUGUCGUCCCCUUCUGCUUGUGCCCUCCAUCUUUCCCAACAUCAGGGUCUUUUCCAGGGAGUCUUCUCUUCUCAUGAGGUGGCCAAAGUAUUGGAGCCUCAGCUUCAGGAUCUGUCCUUCCAGUGCUAAGGGCUCAGGGCUAAGUCCCUUAAGAAUGAAGAGGUUUGAUCUUCUUGCAUUCCAUGGGACUCUCAGGAGUCUCCUCCAGCACCAUAAUUCAAAAGCAUCAAUUCUUCGGCGACCAGCCUUCUUUAUGGUCCAGCUCUCACUUGAGAUGGUGCUAGUCAAGACCAAAUCUUAUAGCUCCCUGUCUGCAAUGUUAAUCUACCUUGCAGAGUUGUAAGAACUGUAACGGGGUGAUGCCAGUGGGGCGCUUGGAACUCUCAGAAGCACAGCACAUCUACUGCCACAGUUGGAGGCAGCAGUGCUUCUGAAUACCAGUUGUUGGAAACCACAGGAGGGGAAGAGUGCAUUUGUGCUCGAAUCCUGCUCGAGGGCUUCACUUUGAGGCAUCUGGUUGGCCACUGUGAGGGCAGGAUGCUGGACUAGAUGGGUCAGUGGCCUGAUCCAGCAGUGCUCUUAAGAGAUUGAAAUUAUCGCGGGGAGCCGCAGUUCAAUGAGAUUGGUAUACACACGAACCAUUGUAUCUCUGAAGCAGCUAACUUUAACAGCUCCCGGUCUGUGAUCUAUCAAACAGGGAAAAGAUGUAGUGAGUUAUCAUCUUUGAAGGUCUUUUAAAAUUCAUUUGGUAUGGCAGGGAACCAAAAAAAUUCAGCUCUGGCAAUUUACAUGACAACCUUUGAAAUUUAGAUCUCCAUGUGUACGCAUGUGGUUUUGUGUGUAAUAGAUUUAACGGCUUUCUGGAGGGGAAAGUAUUUAACUGCCGGACUUUUUAUGAACAAAUUGCAUUUUCUUUUGUCGCCUCCCCCUCCCCCUCCCUUUCCGAAACACAACUAUAAUCAAGAUAUUAGUGAAGAGUGUUUUGUGGCCGUUGGGGUGGGGUGGGGGGUGGAGAGUUGUAUGCAUUUCCUACUCUUUAUAAGAACAGCAGCAGGGGGAAAAAAUGCUCUGUUUGACCUUGUUUAAUGCAGGGCCACUCCAGUAAUCUGUGCAUAAUGAUUUUUUACAUUAAGGUCCCAGCUUGCUUUGGAGCCUUUGCAUGUCGCAGUAAUAUAAGAACGGUCAUUUUGCACAUUCCGAUCCCAUUAUGUUACAUUGUUGCUGAAUAAAGAGUGGUAUUAUGUUGCUCCUAUAAAGGGCAGAAGUGGCCGGAAUUUUAUCUGCUGAACGAAUCAAUCUGGAUUAUGUCAGUUGAAAAGAAUUGUGGGCUGCAAUCUCCAGCAGAUGGGGGGGAGGGCUUUUUUUUUUUUUAAUAAAUGAAAUAAAAUAAAAAGUAUCUGGUUCCUCGGAAUGCAACGGCUAAAGAUAAUACCUUUUGGUGACUGGCGGGGGAGAAAAGUUGAGUUUUUUAUUUCCACUCCCGUCCUUUUAUAUUAUUUUCAAUGAAGACUCCACCAAUUAUCAUUUCAACAUUAAGUAUUAGGAGAUCAAUUGGGAACUGAAUGCUAUUUCCUAACGCUAACACAGUGUUUUCUUUAAGCCGUCUUUGACGGGCUCUCUGGGCUGUGGGAAAAAGACUGAGCAAAUAAUGAGGGAAGGAUUUGUGGGGGGGAGGCAGGGGUGGGGCUUGGCAAACGAUGUGAGCUAUUCAUCAGCAACUCGAGGAAGAUGAUGGAAAUAAUAAGCACCCCUUAAAGGGGAAAGGGAUUUCCCCCCUCCUUUUUUAUGACAGUUUUCUAAAAAAGAAUCCUAACCUAUUUCGCUCCAAACUUCAUAAAACUUUCUGAUUAGCCAAUUUUAAACUUCCUGAAAUCAGCAAAAGAAAAGUUUCCCUUUGAAAUGGAUCGCAUGCAUUAAAAAGAGGGUGCAUUCUUUUGCAACGGGGGGGGGGGAGUGUCUUGUUUCCUGCCCAUUCUUGCAAAUUUCUUAUGUGUGACAUUGCCAUUUAAUAUCUAAUACAUUUCUUUUGACGCACACACAAAAAACCCCUCAGACAAAUCCCUUGUGUGAAAUAAUUUGUGUGAACUUUGAACCAACCAGCAAUGAAAUCUAGCUCUUAUUAUACUCUUUAUUUAUACAGUACAGAAACCGUUUGAAAUCUAAUACUGACAUGGAUAUAGAGUACACAUUCAGAGCAGUGAUAUAUGCAUAUAUAUACACACACACAUACACACACCUUUCUUAUUUUUCUUUAAACAGGGAAUUCCCCUUCCUCAUUUAGACAGCGGUACACUAUUGUUGCAAAAAUGUUUACCUUCCAAAUGAAUACACAUUUUCUUUUAAUAUUAUUGUGCUCCGAGUUGCUGAAUUUCUACUGAGCAGAUCUAAUUCCGCCAUCUGCAAAGUUCCCCAUUUUAUAAUACUUAUAAGCUGUUUUUAAUCUAUUUUUACUGCCAUGUUCUGUCCUGAAAUGUCAAAGAGUGCAGAAUAGGUCUUGGAAUUAACAUGACAGUUAAGAAACUUGGCAAGGUUUUACAGCAGAUUGUGACAUUAACAAAAUACAAAGGAGACUUGUGAAAUUAACAUUAAUGCAUGCUUGCAGACGCUAUAAAAAUCUAUAUGUCCAUGAUCAGGGAGCUAAAAAUUGGGAUUUUUUUUUUAUGUUGAUGCCAUUAAAUGCAGAUCUCUGAUGUGAAAAGAAAUUUCCAUAUGAAAAGCAACUUAGUAAAAAGUAAUGCUGUAAUCCCUCUCUCAGGAUUGAACAACAGGUUUAUGUAUCCCAGGUCAAGUAGGCAUAUGGCUCUUUUUGUUUGCCAAUUUUGUGUGUGUGUGUGUGUGUGUUAGGCUUUUUGAAUCUGUGAUGAGAAAGCUUUAAAGGCACCAACAUUGUCUUUCAACAGCUGCAAAAGAUAUAAGAUGAUAGAUGGGCCGAUAAGUGGUAGCAGUUAUUAAAAUUCACAGAUUGAGUAUUAAAUCACGAGGGGUGUUCCCUUUUUCAAAGCGGAAAGCUUAAAAGCAGGGUUAUUCACAGAGGCUCCAAAGAGGUUCUUCUCCAAACAUGGCACAUCCUGUGGUGGAACAGUUUGAUCCCAGUGGACCAGAGUGUCGGAGGCAUUCAGCAACCUCGGAAGCUUUGCUUGGUCGGCAACACAUGACCUCUUUUUUUUCUUUGGCAACGAGAAAGCAAAACUUUAGCAUUUCUUCAUUUCCCCCCAGUCUAAACAGAGACCUCAUAAAUUGCACAGAUAAUGAAGUGCUAAAGUGGAAAGUAAAAAUAUCUGAAAAAUUCACGAGAAAAAUAUGGUAAACACUGAAGGGCAGGCAGAGAUUAAAGGUAAUGCUUUGUGUGUAAGUGGUCUUUGUAAUAAGGCAAUUAAUAGGGCUGGUUGCAGCCACAUGUGGGAUGUGCAGUGUGCAAUUCUGCAGUCUGGGAGAGGCUCUUCUUGGGGUUCCAGCACAUGCAAGGAGAACUAAGCUUAGGGAAAUUUGUGAGAACUUUGCACUAGGGCUUUCUAUGGCUACUAGCCACAAUCGCGAUGUUCUGCCUACACAGUUGGGGAAAUAGAGGCACUAACAUACAGUGCCUAGGAAAGUGAUUGCAGCAUAGUGGGUAAGACAAUACAUACUAAUUUGGGCUUCCUUGGAUUCAAAUCUCUUUACCGCCCCUGCCCCCCCCCCCCAAACUCUGGGUUGUAAUUAAGUCAACACUUUCCCCUCCACCUCUGCCUUUGUAAUAUGGGGAUACUAGUAAUCAGUUUUUUUUUCAGCUGGAGCGCAGUUCCAGCACCUCUUAGGUAGGCGCCAUUGUGGAUCAGCGCUCCCCCCCACACACACUUCUUGCCUUUACAUACUUCUGAGAAGCCCCAAAUGAACAUUUCAAGUCAAAACAGAAGCUGGACAGCAUGUGAGAGUCUACACUUUUUUUUAGAUCUAUGACUCCACCUAGCUCCUAGUCAUUCCUAGCAGCGAUUGGCCAAUUCAUAUCUCCUUUUUCUUCAAUCUGUCUCCCUAGGCAGGCUUUAAGCUUCCCAGCCAGGCCUCUACCAUUGCGCUCAUGUGCAUUUGCAUGACAGCUCUUCCGAGCUGCCCUAGCCACCCACUUGAAUCUAAGAGAACGAGGGAGGUGGGGGCCCGUUUAUUUGACUUGCAUCAGAACCACGGGUGACCCCCAAACCGGCUAGGGAGACAGCUUGCUGUGGUGUUUAGCACCUCCACGGGUAAAGAACGAUACUGUUGUCAAACUGGCAUCUGUUCAGGGCUGCCCUGAGUUGCCCAGUGACUUAAUAACAAGUGAUGAGCUUCAGCAUCUAUUUUUAUUGAAAAAAAGCACUGCUAUAACUAAUCUAGGGACGCGGGUGGUGCUGUGGGUUAAAUCAUAGAGCCUAGAACUUGCCAAUCAGAAGGUCGGCGGUUUGAAUCCCCACAACGGGGUGAGCUCCUGUUGCUCGGUCCCUGCUCCUGCCAACCUAGCAGUUCGAAAGCACGUCAAAGUACAAGUAGAUAAAUAGGUACCGCUCCGGCGGGAAGGUAAACGGUGUUUCCAUGCACUGCUCUGGUUCGCCAGAAGUGGUUUAGUCAUGCUGGCCACAUGACCCGGAAGCUGUAUGCCGGCUCCCUCAGCCAAUAAAGCGAGAUGAGCGCCGCAACCCCAGAGUCGUCCACAACUGGACCUAAUGGUCAGGGGUCCUUUUACCUUUACCUAUGACUAAUCUAUAAUGUUAAGUGCAUUAUAAAAUGUGACACCAGGGGGCGAUGUACAGCAGUCAAUUGAAAAUUGCAUAGAGAGCUAUAGAACAUUUCUUUUUCUUAGCGGUUUUUUGUUUUUUGGUCAAUGUAGAUCCAUCCCUAGUACCAGUUGCCUAUCUUACAGGGAUGUGAGGAUUACUGAGGUGUGUUGAAGAGAUUACAGAUGUAACCGGUAUAUAGGGAUUUUUAAUGUCAGAAAGAAUGGCCAUAAUCUUAUAGUCAGAAAUGUGUGCACAAUACACCCCUUCGCAAAUCUUGAGCAUCUCCUAGCACUGUGAUCUGGAAUUGGAUCUGGCUGGAGGGCUGGAUCCAGAAGCAGCCAGACUUCUAUGGGCCACAAGAGGUGGUCUGGGCCACUCACCUGUCAGUUACCUAACAUCAUAUGACAUCAGGUAACUAAUUUCAAUUUAGGGCUGCAAAGGAAGGAUGCGGAGCACACUUAGAGCUUGGAGCCGUGGCAACUGGAACUUGCUUGUGCCUGAUGUCAUAUAUUUCACAUCAGACAUAGGAAAUGUGGGCAUGACUUGCCAAAAAUGGCCUGCCGCACCAAUCUCUGAGGAUUGGGUCAGAGAUUCUCUACCACACUCCUAGCAUAACAAGUUAUCUCAGAUGAGUAAGUGUUCCCUCACCUUAAAAUUGAGCAUCUAGCAGAUUGUACUGUUAGGGGUGAAAAAAAAGAUCCAUAAAGAUUGAACUGGAUGUUUAAACUUACCCCUUAAAUUGUUGUUUAUUUAUUUAUUUAUUUAGUUAGUUAGUUAGUUAGUUAGUUAUUAUUUCAUUAUAUUUUACAAUAUUUGUAUUGUUGUUAGCUGUGUUGAGCACCAUCUGGUGGCGAGGUAGGAUAUAAAAAUUAAAAAUAGGUAGGUAGGAGGUAGAUAGAUGAUAGAUAGAUAGAUGAUAGAUAGAUAGAUGAUAGAUAGAUGAUAGAUAGAUAGAUGAUAGAUAGAUGAUAGAUGAUAGAUAGAUGAUAGAUGAUACAGACAGAUAGACAGACAGAUGAUAGAUAAUACAGAUAUAUUUAGAUCAUGCAGUCCCCCUUUUGUUACGCCUCGUGCCAUGCCUCAUAGCAAUUGUGUACCCUAGCAGGGUGACCCGUGACCAGCAUGGGAGUUCCUAGGAAACAAGCCUAAGGAAGAUGCACAGUCUACCUGCACCUGCCAGUGCUCACAAUCACAGUGAGCAAAAAAAGAAAAAAAGAAAAUUGAGUAGCCUGGCCAUUUUGCUAUGAGUUCUGUCAGGCACAGAUUUGUGUGAUGUCUCCCUAGCCUCAUGUCUACGGAACCAGGAUCCUCAUGGUGAAUUGGCCAGCCCUCUGUGUGCUUUUUAGCACACUCAACAUGUGACUGGGGUGGGUGGGAUGUACCUUCUUCUGCGGCUGUUUGUCCACCUUUAGUCCCCACCCUGCACUCAGCUGUUACCUGUGGCUCCUAGAAGCUGUCAGCAUGUGACAGUGGUCGCACCCUGAGGACAGCUUUGACUGUCUGGCUAAACCAGGUGAGGGUAGCCAAUGGCUCUCAAACCCUUGGUGAGUUAGGGACAUCACCUGCAUGCAAAAACAGGUUCUGGUGUGGAUUGAGCGAAUGAAACUAAAAGUGGCUUGAAUGGUCAAGUGGGCAGCUUCUGCAUAUGCUAUAGAGGGAAGUGAGAGGCAGAUGGGGCUCGUCAACCUGGGAAGGUAGUCCAUGUAGGAGAAAGAAAACCCUGACCCUAAAACUCCACUGCCUUGCAGAAUAUUUUUCCAGAAAAGAAAGGACUAAGGAGUAAACCCUAUGCAAAUCCAGAGUGAAGUCUCUAAAACCAUUGGAAGGUGUCUUGUACGGCGCCUUCCAGCAACUCCUGCAGCCAAGUAGGCACCCAGAUGUAUUGCUCUGGUUUCUUUGGAUCACAUCAGCAAGGCUGAAGGUGUGUGAGGGGGGGAGGUCCUGUGGUCUGGGCAGCCCAGAACUGCCAUACACACUGCAGCAGUUUAAUUUCACCCCCAGAGGCACACUCCAUUGUCUCUUGAGACAGAUGGAUGCCAACAGCAACAACAACAUGUGACUUUGUGCUUUGCUACUAUUGCUCUUGGCAAGCCUUCCCCAAUCUGGUGCUCUCCAGGAGCUUUGGACUGCAAGCCCACUCAGCCCUGGGCAGUUAUCAAGGAUGCUGGGAGUUGUGGUCCCAAACAUUUGGUUGGGCAAGGCUGCUCUAUGCCAUUGGUAGUGAGGAAAUUCUGUGCCAGUGCCCCUGAAUCAUUCUGAAAGUACAGUGGUACCUCUGGUUAAGAACUUAAUUCAUUCUGGAGGUCCGUUCUUAACCUGAAACUGUUCCUAACCUGAAGCACCACUUUAGCUAAUGGGGCCUCCCGCUGCUGCCGCGCCGCUGGAGCAUGAUUUCUGUUCUCAUCCUGAAGCAAAGUUCUUAACCAGAGGUACUAUUUCUGGAUUAGCGGAGUCUGUAACCUGAAGUGUAUGUAACCUGAAGCGUAUGUAACCCGAGGUACCACUGUACUAUUAAAUGCUACAGCUGAGAGAUGCCACAGGGAUCAGCAUCCCUUUGGUGAAAACCACAAAAGGCCUGGCUCUUAGACUUCCAGAAGGUCAAAUUAGAAUGGCACUGUUCUUAUAUUAACCACACAUAUUUCCUUAGUGCAAGGACAGGUCCCUCCUGGAGACACCUAGGCGAGGUGAACUUGUUUUGUGAUGGACUUGUUUUGUCCAUCAAGGCUGAUCUUAGGUUGCUGUAUUGAACAUAUAGACCAGAUCCUCCACUAUGCUUGCUCCCCAUGGGAAAAUGUUGCUGUUUCCUUUUAUUUAUCCCCCUAUUGUUAUGGCCAUAUGACAGAUUGCAUCAUGAUUAAAUUAAAAGGUCAAGUCUAGGAAAAACUGAUGCACUACAGAGAUGAAAGGAUUUAUCCAAAGGGUUGUAUUCCGAGCUCAAGCAGUUGGUUGCCAACCUCUUCCACACCUUUAAGGAAACACAGAAGCCCUUUUCGCCAAGUGCUGGUGCAAAAUCUUCUUGGAAGGAUUCACCUUUAAACAAUUAGUGAGAGCCCUUGUCAGAAAUGGUUCUCAUCUUGAUCCUAAUGAAGUGAAAGUCAGCCAAGACGGACUAAGAAGACCUGAAUGACUGAUUUGCUGGUAGGUAGCUCCAAAGCAUGAGCUCCCACAGCAGCAUAAAUGCAUUUGUCAGUAAUUAAUGUUCAGUGGCAAAUACCACCACAAGACACAGUAGAUUUGUGGAGAGCAGGGCACCUGUGCCAGUUUAGACAUGUCUUGUGGUCAGGGCUGGUGCUAUCAUGAGGCAGAUGCCUCAGACAGCAAAUAUUGAGAGAUAAUGAGUGGAGAGAGCUCUGCAUGUGUGCUAGGCAACUUGCCCUGCACCCACCAAACUACGCCGCUGCCCAGGGCCAUAUUUAUCAUAUGCGCCGCCGGGGUGCAAAGAUCCGCCCAGUGCUCCUAAAUUUAGUUUAGCUGCCCCAAAUGAACCUUUAAUGACCUUUUUUGGGGAGGGGGGAAGCCAAAGUUGUUGACCUUUUUAGGGGGGGUGAACAAAGUUUUUUUGGGGGGAAUUGUUCACCUGUAGCAAUGACGCAGCAGAAAAAACUGCUUUUGUUUCCUGACUCAUUUGAUGCUACGGAGUAACAGAGCGAUGGUGGGGGCGGGGGCGGGGCAGGGACUUUCACUCCAUUGCUUUUCACUGCUGCUGAUCAAGAAUUUGGAGCCCGGGUGGCACUCACCCCUUGCACCCCCCAGGUAAAGACCGCCCUGCCUCUGCCCUGGGAGUGCAAUGGGGUGCAAUGGAGGUUGCUGGAAUGAGAUUCAGUGGUCUGUUGAGCAUUUGUUCAUACAAUGGAACUGGGAAAAGGCAACUUCCUGCCCUUUGCUUCAGGUAGCAAAAUGCCUUGGGCCAAUUCUGCAUGGGGCUGUGCUGAUGAUUCAGGUGUGGUUCUGCCAUUCUCACAUGGGAGUGCUCUUUGCUUGUACGUGUGUGUGUGUGUGUGAGAGAGAGAGAGAGAGAGAGAGAGAGAGAGAGAGAGAGAGAUUGUGUUUAUACCUGUAAUUUCCAUGCAUGGUAGAGAAGUCCUAGCUCAAUAUUGGACAUAUAGUUUGGACAUAUCCCUAUUAUUGACGCUUGGUGAACAGCAACUUUGCAGACAAACUAAGCAGGCAAAUCAGAUCCUGGAGCAACACCUCCCUUGUUUCCUCAGUUACCAACUGACCUGCUCCUUCCUAGCUUGAGGAAUGUUUAUUUUAAGAGAAAAUAUUAUUAGAAAUUGAUACUUUGUGAGGAAAUAUAUUCAGAAACACACAUUGAAAAACCUGUAUUCAUUAUGUACAUUAAUGUGUGGUUUUUAAGAAAGCAGCACAACCUGGAAAUAGGACAAUUUGUCUGAAUCUACUACUCAGUAUUACCGUACUUCCCCUUUGGAUGCUAUAAACCAACAAUGUCCAAGUGGUCGACCGUGAUCGACAGGUAGAUCCCUCAGUGAUCACGGUUGAUUGCGGGAUCCUUAUCAAUCACGGGAUUAAAAGCAAUGUAUAAGGAAUGUUUCUGCCCCCCUCGCUCUGUCCCAACGAUGCAUCAAAAGGGCGGUAUUUUAUAGUUUGCUGUAUUAUUUUGUGUGCUUGUUAGCAUCGUAGUUAUUUGUUAGCCUUUCCCCCACAAAUUUGGUCUCCCCUCCCCUAAAACAAGUUCAACAACUUUCAGGAACUCUGGGCAAUCCUCCCCUUCCACACCCCCAGCCCAUGCACACUCCUCUUCCCUCCAAUGUCAAUGGGUAGAUCACGGCCAGUAGAUCACAGUCUCUUGGGAGUUGGACGUGUCUGCUAUAAACAAAGUGAAAAAAGUGGAGCUCAAAUCUAAACCUUUAGCAUGUGCCUAAAAGACAAAAAUAAUCAAAACUGCAAUUCUCUACUAACAUCCCAGGAAGUAGUCUUGGCUGAGCUCAGUAGAACUUAUCUCCAAAUAGAUGUGUAUAGGAUUGCACUUGAAGCAAAGUUUUUCCUACAAUGGAGAUGGAAAGUGGUCACUUGUUGAUUUGGUCGUUCUUAAAGAGGCACAGUGCUUCUGGUUCGGACUGUCAGCAGGCCCUGCAAGUCAGGCCUGUAGGACUUCGCAGAUGACUAGCAGAGAUUGCACAGAAGUGCUGCAGCACCAUGUGGACAUUCAACACAAAUCCUCUUAUCAUGUAUGUUAACACGUCAGGUUAGAAAAAUGGCCCUGUUGACACCAGGUUCACGCAACCAUUGCAUCCAUGGGAUACCCAUUGUGCCUGUGAGAAAUGCUUGAGCUGUCUCAAAGCAAUGGCAGCUUUAUUUAUACCUGUGUCUUCUUUCUUUUGUUUUUCCCUUUUUGGGUGUUGAGGUUUAGAGUGGGUGUUUCCUUGAAAUAAUGUAAUAGAAAACUCUUUAAAUCGUUUUCUGUAACGGCUGGAAAUCCUUAUAUAACCACACGGGGGAGCUCACAACUUGAAAACAAGCAGAAGAGGCAGAUUUUGGUGAAAAUAGCUUAAAACUGGCUGAAGGUUCAAUAGCAUUUUCACAGGGAGGAGGGAAUAAUUGUUUUUCUAGAAGACGGAGAAGGAAUAAAUUGAAUCCUGGAGGUUCAUGUUGAAAUACAAUUUUCUCUUUAUUUCUCUGUAUGUUUUUCACUAAUAAGAAAAGCAAACUUUUGUGUACACAAUCCUUAAACUGGGAUCCUUUCACAGUUCUUUGGAUGUAAGCCCCAUUGAUCUCAUGGAACUUCUUCCAUUGUGAAUGUAAGAUGGGCUUGUCUCUUCAUUAUUAUUGUUUGUCAGAAUGCAGAAUUCAGUCCAACUAAAUUAUAUAAUCAAUAACUUUUCAUCACAAAAGUUUAUCAUAAUCUACAGGGAAUAAUUCCACAAAAAUUAGGAUUUUGGAAAGGUGGAGCAAAGGUAUCACAAAAGACAUUUGUAGGGGAGGAACGAUUUAAUACAGGGCGCCAAUGUACUGUGACUGAAAUAGAGAUGAGUGAGAAUUGUGAUUCAGUUCACAUUAAAUGCAAACCCAUGUCCCACUUUCAAAAACAAUACAUAAACUGAAACACAGGCAUCCUUCAAAAUUCACACUUUUCUGAAUUUUGCAGUGUGGUUAUUCAGCUAAGCAAUGUACAAAGAGUAAAAACACACAAAUCAGUGAAAUGACAAGUGACAGUGCAUUAUUGUACUAGGGAACUUGCCUUGCAAAAAAGUUCCACCAAAACUUCUGAGCUUUGCCUAUUGCAUGCCUAAAAAUGUGAGCGGGAACAUUUGAUCUCUAUGUAAUGAUGUGAAAAUCAUUUGUAAGGUGAUAAUUUAGUGACUAGAAUAAAGUGCACUGUGUGCCUUUGCACAUCCUUUUAUCUUUAUCGGGCCUUCUGUUUUGUUCCUUUAUCGUAUCUCUUCUCACGAUUUCUGUGUGAAAGAGCUUAGCUUUUAUAUUUCACAAGAAGGGCCUUGUCUGGUGAAAUGAAGAUAUCUACAUCACACCUGGCGUAUCAUUCUCACAACAUAUGUCAACACUGCGAAGAGAUGCCCACAAGUAUCUCCUGACUGCUAGACCCUACCUCCUGCCUCCCGCUUUUAUAUUUCUAAGCAGGAAAAAAAUGCCCAUUGUUAUGUUAGUCAGAGUGGGCGAGGAACAAGAGGCAGGGCCACAGCUCAGUGGCAGAGCACAUGCCUGGCAUGCAGAAGGUCACAGGUUCAAUCCCUGCCAUGCCCAGUUAAAAGGAGGUGGUGGAAAAGGCCUGAGACCCUGGAGAGUUGGUGUCAGUCAGAGAAGAGAGGAUACUGUUCUGGAUGGAGAAAUAGUCUCACUUGGUCUGAGUCUACUAGCCAUGAUGGCUGUUCUCUGUCUUCGUGGUUGGAGGCAGUAAUGCUUCUGAAUGUCAGUUGAUGGAAAUGGCAGGAGGGGAGAGUGCUCAUGUGCUCAGGUCUGCUUGUGGGCUUCUCAUAAUGGUAUCAGGUUGGUCCCUGUGAAAACAGGAUGCUGGACUAGGUGGGCCAUUGGCCUGGUCCAGCAUGGCUCUUCUUAUGUACUUUUGUAAGACAGCAUCCUUUCUUUCUUGGGGUUGUGAACUACAAAGGCAACUAGGAGAACAAUGUGUUUCUGAAUGCUCUCUGCAUAGACUCCCAUCAUGCCCCACUGAGAGGGUCAUCUCAGCAAGGGCAACCCUACCCAGUAUAGUACAAACAGUACAAUUUGCUUUCACUGUACCAGUAUCCCAAAUAGUAAUUCUGUACUUUCUUCCCCAUGGGACUGGAUGCUGAUUCUGCCUCCUUGAGUCCAUGGUCAGAGGAGCUAAAUCUAUGCUUUGUUGUUUGUCAUCCCAGCCACUGAGUAUCAGCCUAGUCCUAUCUAUAUCUAUUUCAUAUAAGAACUAGUGUUUUACUACUAAUAAACUAAUUUCUAACUCACCCUUUGUUCAUCAAGAUCCUGGUGCGGUUUGGAAAGCAUAGUUCCAUAAAACAAAUCCCUAAAAUCUAAAACUUAAUAAAUGUAACAGUGAACACAGCAGAAAGCAUAUUUAACACCUGUCUAUUUAUCUAUCAUCUACCUACCUACCUAUCCAUCUAUCUAUCUAUCAUCUAUCCUUUUACCUACCAUGCUCGGAUUCUGUUCCUUGGUCACACUGAAGUGUGACAUAAUGCUGGGAACAAAUGCACAUCUAUUUCUUCUCUUGUCUGCUAUUAUUGCUGAAGAACAGAAGUGCAUAAUGGUGAGAGUUAAGAAGCAAGUAAGAGAUCAGCUCUUCUGACAUAUUCCUAGUGCAAACCAAAGUUUGAUUAAUCUUCACCACACAUUGAAAGAUUGUGUGAAAGAGGCUCUUGCAAACCACUUGAGGGGGAGAUACAAAGGCAGUAUUUUAAAUUUUUAUUCCAUCUCUUGUGGUGUACUAAUUCCAUGAUCUGCUGCUCAUAGUAACCUGGAAGUAAGUUUCUUAGAGACUGAUGGGAUUUUGGGUUGAAUUAAUUAAUCUCUGCAUUAUUUGAUGAGCAUCUCUGGACCCAUUUGGGUGGAUAAAGUAACACCCCCUCAGAUCUGUUAAUGGUUUCUUGGGGGGCAAUUUACAUGAAUUGGGAGCCAAAAAAUGCAGACUUUGUGUCCUAAGAGCUAAUGAUGUUGGUGCACUUUGCAAAGUAAAAUAUAUUUACCUGUGCUGUGUGGCACCAUACAGCCAAUCAGGUACACACACCCACACACCCAUUUGCUAUAGGAGGCCUGCCCUUAGCCUAGCAGUUGUCUUUAAGCAGCAGCCUGCAAUUGAUUGUGGCCUGCUGUGGAAUUGAAUAGGCUCCUUCUCCCCAAGAGGAGCAGGGCACAGAGGAAAGGAAAAGGAGGAAGGAAUCAGCCCGACUGGAAGUUUAGUAGCCCAGGGUCAGUCUUUGUAUUUUUGGCAUGUUGGAGCACAGGGGCAGGGGCUUCAUGAAAGCUAAGUGCCUCAGAACACUCGGCUUCACAAAUUAAUCCCUGCCCCAGUUUCCUUCUGCUUCUAUUCUCCUCUGCUUCCAGUCAUCUGUUCUUCCUUUCUCACUUUUGACCAGAUGGUGCUCAUUUACUCUGCCAUUAUGCCAAAAUAACUUCAGUGCAGUUGAUGUCGUCUUUUUCUUCAAGGCUAUCUUUUCCUCCUUCCCAGCUGCUCUUCCUCACUCGCUUCCUGCCUGAUUCCCCAAAAGCAAUCUUUGUCUGCUCGUAAGCCCCUUCGUGUGAGAUCAGUCCAUACCUGGAACCUACCGCUGGUAUUCUGCUGAUCUCAGAGUGUGGCGCUGCGAGGGUCUGUCUUGGUUUGCAACUUAUUUUGAAAUAAGCAGACAUGCAAUCUCCUUGAUCGCUUUUUCUCUGGUGCAAAUUUCAAUGCAUCAUUUGUUUUUGGCAGACCUAUGUGAUUGAAGACUCUGCUAUUUUAUGGCUUGUUCUUUGCUGGAAGGUUUAAAAUAUUUUUUGCAAUUUUCUGAAAUCCUUCAUUUCUGCAUUCAGGAAUGCAACUUUGCCAUUUUAGUGGACAGGUGUAAGAGUAGCUCAGUGGGGUAGUCCCUGCUUCAUACACAGAAUGGCACGGUUAGAGUGUAGUGGCUAGAGUGUUGGACUAGGACCAGGGAGACCUGGGUUCUAGUCUCCACUUGACCAUGAAGCUCACCAGAUGACCUUGGGCCAGUAUCUCAUUCUCAGGCUGACCUACCUCACAUGUUGUUGUAGGACUUUCUACACCACCUUGAGCUCACUGGAAGAAAUAAUAAUAAUAAUAAUAAUAAUAAUAAUAAUAAUAAUAUCACAGGUUCAGACUCUGGCAUUCUGAACCUUGGAGAGCUUCUGCUGGUGAGUGUAGAUCAGGAGUCAGGAACUUUCCUUAGCCUGAUUACACAUUGUGGGGAGACUUCAUUGUUACAUGACAAUGGAGAAUGUGGCCAGAGGCAAUAGUUGGUGGCCCAAAGGAUGUGACUGUCACCUUUGCACAGUAAACUGCAUUUGAGCCCUGCAAAACCCGGAGGGCUACCCCCAGAGAAGCAAGAGAGGUGUUACUACAGUUCAAGGACAUAUCCCAGCCAAGGAGCAGGGCUGGUGGUGAGGGUCAUAACUUCAGGAGGGAGCCAGCAAUGCUUCUGAAUACCAGUUGCUGGAAAAUGCAGGAGGAGAGAGUGGUCUUGUGUUCGGGUCCUGCUUUCAGGUUUGUUGUAGUCAUCUGGUUGGCCGCUGUGAGCAGAGGAUGCUCGACUAGAUACACCCCCUUUGGUCUGAUCCAGCACAGGAUAUUCUUACAUUCAUAUGUUCUAAUGUUAAGAGAGAGCCUGCCAUGCAUACAGUUGUAUGCCCAGCUGAAUGCAUGUAGAUUGCGGCACAGUGAUAGCACCUGUGAAUUUGCUGUCCUUUCUCUAAGCAUCCAAAGAACAUCUGAAAAGAACUUACAGGUUGUUUUCUUCUAACUGAAAACUGACUGGAGUACAGAGCAGUGUUUAAAAUUGUCCCAUGUGAACUCAUUCUUGUUGCCAGUAUCAUACUGUCCUUGCAAAAGAACUAUCCAACCUACUGUUUGUUUUGGAAUGAAUUAUUUCACAUUGUCCCUUUAAACCUCUGAGACAGUGGUGCAGUACAUCCUCCGUAUUCAUUUCAUUUUUUUUAAUCAGCCACUCAGAAGCGCUCUAGUGCUGUAGAGCAGCUGAUGAUGUGCAAUGACCCUAGGAACCAGAAUCUACCACUUUAGAGCUCUGAAAUUGAUUUUUAUUCCUCUUUGCUUAUGGAGAUCCAAAGAGUCUCUCACCUGCCAUCUGAUGCUGUGAAGUGGCACCGUAUUUGAGACAGGAGUAGCAACACUAGUGCCAUUAUUAAAAAACACCUUUGUUGCCCUUUUGCUUUGAACCUUCCUGCUCCUAAUUAAUGUGACUUGUUUCAGGUUCACUCUAGGUAUAAUGAGCCUCACCAUCUGCAAUAUCUCUGUAACUGGAUUAUUUAUUUAUUUAUUAGUAAAACUUUCUUCGGAUGGUGAAGGGCCCAUGCUUUGCCAGUUCACAAAGACGGGAAGGGCUCUCCUUCCACACUUGUGGUCCUAAUUCUAUAUUUUGAAAAGCAAAGAACUUGAUGAGGAAGGGUCAUAGCUCAGUGGUAGAACAUGUCUUUGCAUGAAAAAGAUCCCGGGUUCAAUUCAUUGUGUUUUCAGGUGGGACAGGGAGAGACUCUUGGCCAUAAUCCUAGAGAGCAGCUGCCAGCCAGUAUUGACAAUACUGAUCUAGAUGGAUCAAUGGUCUGACUCAUUUGAAGGCAGCUUCCUAUGGUCCUAUGACCCUAUGAAGAAUAUAAAAAGAGCCUGCUGGGUAUGAUCUGAACAAACACAGGCAACACGUGGCUAAUAAUGUUCUAACAAAAUAUUUGCAACAUGUAUUAUUUCACAAUUCUUAAACAGAAAAUAUGUGAUGGAGUCACAAAUAAUAAAAGUCAAUCAAUGUUGCAUGAACAAAAUUAGAAAAUGUAGUCCAUUGAUGUCAAAGAGGCAAACAAGCCUUUCAACAGUCACAGUCCUGUAACCAUGCAGUAAUGGAUGCUCCAAACACAGAACAGUUUUUCCAGAUGACGAACUGUUUUGAUAGUAACUCUUCAUCAGCAGAUAAAUGGUCCUAAAGGUACAUCAAGUAGCAAAGGAUCAGCACUCACUUAGGUAUGAACUGAAGGCACAGGAGACCACUAACUUGUUGAAGUCAUGCAGGUCUGAUCAGUACCUAGAUGAGUGAGUACCACCCAGGAACCUCAGGCAUACCACCUGGGUUUCAUGGUGGAAGAAAGGUGGGAUAUAAAUGGGGGGGGGGGAAUAAGUGAUAAUGAGGCCUUCAAGACUGUUUUUUUCUGAUGCAUUAGCAUGGGAUAAGUCAGAGAAUGAGCAGAGGCUGGAUACGUGUCCCCUUUCCUUUGAUAGGGUUUCUACUUCAUACUAGCCGUUUGAAUGGUAACACUUUGCAGGAUUGCUCAGAGAUUACAUACUAGAGAUCCAAAGCUUAAUGUGUUUUACAAGCCAAACCUCUGCAGUCAGAAGGUAGCACCAUAGAGCUCAAUGGAGCUUACUCCCAUAAACUAGGCAUAAGAUUGUGCGGUCGUGCUGAUCCUAACAAAUGAAAUUUUACACUAUGUAUUGACUGUGUGUGCAAAUGUGUAAACUGACAGGUUGACAUAGCGGCCUAUGGUUAUGGGAUCUCAUUGGGGGCAUGACUGUGGACUCCCCUUGAGAGGGUGAGGUGUGCAGGAAAAGGCCUUGGGUGUUUUGUCUCUAAAAUAGAAAUGCAGGAGUCCACACUGAAAUCCGUUUUUGCCUCCUGCUUUUCUAUGCUAAGACCAUCAUUUGCUAAUUCCAAACCUGGGUUGGGUCGAACAUUUGAAACGGUGAGCAGACUGACAUUCAGAGCUUUUCUCUUAGGUUGUCAUUUUUAUGUUAAUUGAAUGCCUGUGUUAAUCUAAUAGAGUUUAGAUUUAUGGCAGGUUCCCUACCUUGUCAUACCCUAAUCAAUACAUAUUCCAACACUGAGAUGGACAGAUGAGGAAAUCUGCCUCCUGUCUGCACUUCUGUUCUAUCAGCUGUCAAUAAUUCCUAAUUUGAAUCCUUCAGAUGAUCAAAUUUAUGGGUUUUAGUAUAUUGCAUUAAUCACAGAAAUUAACUUUUGGGGGAAAUGAUGCUAAAGGUCAGAGUCUUGGAGGAGCAGUAUCUGUUUUUGUCUCAGGCGCGCUGCACACACAGGACACGCACACAACACACAAAGACGAUGUGGGUAUUAAUCUGAAUAAACCAUGCUGGUGCUUUUGUCAUCUCCAUGGUAGCUGCUUCAUCUGGAGUUUGAAGCUGAAAAUAAAGCAAAGUAUUAUUUUCUAAUUUAAGAACACCCAGAUGCUUAAUGUGCAUAAUAGAGAUUUAAAAGCUCCUGCCAUGUUUUGUUUACAUGGGUUAUCUGCAAUCAAAACUCGUUGACAUGGUGAAGAGCUCAGCAUCAAAUCAGCCUCUUCCACAUUCUUCAUCCAUUUUCUCCAUCCAGAGCAACCCUGUACAAUUUGUAUCAAUUCAGAGCAACCCUAUACAAUUUGUAUCCAGCCAAGUCAAACACAGCCCACCACCAACAUACAAGCCUCAACAAGCGCUGCUUGUUUUCUACAUAUCAACUAUCCGUAUUUACGAGGGACAGUCCUUUUAUUUAUUUAUUUUGUUACUUGACCCAAACAUAUUGCCACCAGUUUGCUCCUGUUUUGUCCCCUUUUGCCAUUUUUGUGGGGUUGGGGAAAACCUUCUCAUGAACUGUGAGCUCUUCAGCUCCCUCCCCCGAUUCUCUGGAAGGUUUGGAUCAGUCUUGUGCAAAUAAAUGCACGUGGAUAAAGAGUAAUUGUAGUGCACAACAAACAACCACACCCUAGGCCAACCCCAACCUCUGUCACCACCAAAGGAACACAAGUGAAUAGCAGAGGACCUGCACAAGCGACACUGACACAAAACCCCACAUAUAUUAAGUAAAAUAGAAACAUCGCCACCCGACCCCACCCCCACUCAUCUUUCCCCCUCCACCUCUUUCCCCCUUUUCUCCCUAAUGUCUCAACAAAUGAAACUGAUCUGUAAAAAAUGUUGCUUGAAAAAAAGAGAGACAUUGCACAUACUUUUGUAAACCAAGAAAAUCUUUAAUAAAAAAAACAUUAAAAAGAAGAAAGAAACUGAGGUUUACAGUCAUACCUCGAGUUGAAUGUGCUUCGGGUUGAGCACAUUCGAGUUGCGCUCCGCGGAAACCCGAAAGUAACGUAGCGCUUUACUUCCGGGUUUCGCCACUUGUGCAUGCGCAGACACUCAAAAUGACAUCACGUGCAUGCGCGGAAGCAGCGAAACGUGACCCGCGCAUGCACAGACGCACCGUCGUGUCUUGCGUUCCAUUCAGGAUGUGAACGGGGCUCCAGAAUGGAUCCCAUUCGCAUCCCGAGGUACCACUGUAUUUGGAACCAUGUUAGCAUAUUAUCAGGCACUUGUAUUUUUCUAAUGUAUUGUUGUAUCUGGACAGGUUUCUUUGCAUGGCAGUGGCCUUAGCUGACCACGUAAGUGUCCUCAUCAGCAUCCCAAAAGAAUGAGCUAGGUUGCAAGAGCUACAACCAAGUGAUGGUGCCCUCCAGGCUAAUGGGUGGGCCUUUCUUCCACCCCUCACCUAGUUGCUACGUAGGAGAACAAUAGCCAGAGAGUUGUGUGAGAGCUGGGCUGGAAGCAGGCUGGAAGCUGGAUAAAGAGAGACAUGCUUGCUGUGUGCUGGAUCCAAGGCUGUGACUAAUGGGGAGAAGCCAGAUCCGUUGGAGUGCUAAUGCUGUGCACCCUUUCACCUUUGCUCAGAUUGUAUAUGAGUAUAAAUAAAACCAUGUAUCCAAAAUAUGACACAGUCUCCGCUGGCCUUCAGUCCAGGGAAACCAAAUCCUGGGUAAACACAGGAAACCCCUGGAUUCUCUCACCACCUGGAAAUCAGGGUGGCAUGUAACAAUAUCUUAUUUGGGGUGAGUUGCCAUGUGUCCUCUUUUUCCAGGAAACGUCCCUUGUUUCAUGGGUAGAAUCGUCCUAAUGAUCCAUAGUUAAAAGUAAAAGGUAAAGGGACCCCUGACCAUUAAGUCCAGUCGCUCAGUGGUUUAGACCACAGUGCCGACCGCGUUAAAAGUAGAAGUCAUCAAAUGUGUUCUCUUUUUUUGCUCUUCAAAAUAUGGCAACCCUAGUAUGAGCCCUCUGAAGUGCAGACCUGAGUCCUGUUGCCAUCCUCAAAUUUGUGGCAAAGAAUUCCCUGUGUUUGUGGAGGAGUACCUCUUUUUUGUCCUGAACCCAUUGCUAAGCCCCUGUCCCCUUGUUUUAACAUUAUGAAAGAGAGAGGGGGAAGGAGGGAGAGGAAGAACAUUUCUAUUGUUUCCACCCUAUUCAUAAUUUUAUAAAACUCUAAUGGACUUGGGUCAUAGGCCCCCUCCCCUGUUAGAAGUGUUUGGGUCCUCAAGUCAACCACUUUCUCCCAGCAUUUGGGAUUUGGAAGUAAGCACCUUCAUCCACAAGAUCUGCUACAUUUUAAUAUGUAGCUCUAUUCAUGCAAAUUUCUUUUUAAAUGCAUUGUUGUCUGAAAAACUGUUAAUAAAUGAAGGUAGCAAAAAUGUGGUUUUAAAUCAGUUUAAUAAAAUUAUUCAUGUAGAUUUUAAAUCAUUUUUACAGCUGAUUUAACAUUUGUGACUGGUUUAUAGAUUAUGAUAUAGGAUGGCGUUUGCAUCUUUGCAAUUUUAUUCCAAUUUGGAAACAGUACAAAUAUUAAUUUUUGCUCUGAUAAUGGAGCCUUUGAGAAUUAAACUUGUCUUUCCUUUAUACACAUUUUAUGAGAACGCUUUAAAUAUGAUUUUAAAUAUUUUUAGAGACUUUAUUGCAAAUAAAGUUGUUGUGUUUUUUUUAAGUGGGACUUAACUGCAAUACAUCUGCAAAAGUUUCCAUCCAUACACAUCUUAAUGUUUCCUCAGUUACUUUAUUGAUGUGAUAUACAUACGGAUUACUCUUUGCAAAAUUAUACAUUUGGUAGAAGCAAUAAACAACAGUAAAAGAAAAUCACGCUGAAACAGAUGAAUGAAGUAGCCCUUGAUUCUUAUACUACCACUCCUCUUUCUUCUAGUUCCACUACUACUACUACCAAUAAUAAUAAUACAAACAUCAGAAGCUGCCUUAUAUUGAGUGAGACCUCAGUAGUGUCUAUACUGGCUGGCAGCAGCUCUCCAAGGUAUCAGACAGGGUUCUCUUGCAGCCCUGCCUGGUAAUGCUGAGGAUGGAACCUGGGACCUUCUGCAUGCAAGACAGAUGCUCUGUCACUGAGCUAUGGCUCCCCCGAUAUGUUCUAAGUAUGAAUGAGAAUGUUUUCAAAGAACAACAAUAGGAUAAAACAUAAAGCUGCAGAUACGAGGGUGCAGAUCACAGUGAGAGGGUUUAUGCUAUGUGCACCUGGUACGUUCAUGGGCACUGUUCAGCAGGUUUGCUUCAUGCAUGGAGGUAAAGUGAGGCUCGUGGACACAAUCCUACGUCUCCUUCCAUGCAUUCAAUAUAUGAGGAGUCAUCACACGAUCAGGGCUUUGGGGCAAGGCAAAUGGGCACCACAAGGUUUCUGGCACCACACUGUAGAAUACCGGUCCUCGCCACGCCACAGUUGCAAGCUGCCUGGUGGUGGUCCUUUCUGUGAUCCAAAAGGUGGGGCACAAAUUAAAUAAAUUUGCAGACCCAAAGCAACAAGAAGAAGCACCGAUUGCUCUGAGCCUUUAGAAUAAUGAUCAGGCAGAAAUUACAGGUCAAGGAGUCUAAUCACAUUUCCAAGUGUAUCCAAAUCUGCUUUUGCUACACUGUAAUAUGAGGUAGCAUGUUACCAUGUUUUCUUUCUUUCUUUCUUUCUUUCUUUCUUUCUUUCUUUCUUUCUGUUGUGCGGAAAAAAGGCCACCGGGUUAUUUGCACUAAUGCUAGAAUUACAUGCAGCUGAUGGGGUCAAUAAAUAUUAUGCCUUGAACUUGCAUCUACGUAGUCCUGGGGAUACUAUAUUUGUAGACAGGAAUGAUGGAUUUCCCUAAGGAAGUGUCCAGCUCUCUUGUGAGAUGCCGUUAUUACCUUGUCGUGUUUACAAAUGUUCACUGACAUCCUGCCAAAGUUGCUGGGGCUAGAAAAAUGCAACCUAUUCUUUUUAAUAAAACUUUAGGUUGCAUAUGGUGGUCACCUUCAAAUAAACAUAUUUAAGUAUGUGUCCUUGUAGUACAGUGUCAUGUGGUGCAACUGUAAAUCAAGGCUGAGAGGUGCCUGCACGAAAUGCCUUAAUAAAAAUGAGCUUUAAUCUUACAGUGGAAAGACAAGAAACCAAAACAGGGCAAUGAAGCCCAGACUUCCAGUCUUCGGAAUGCACAGAGAAUUUGCUGAAGGCACAGAAAGGCUAAAUGAGAAAUCUGCAUUUAGGAAAUCCAGCUUUCCUCUUUUUAAAUUGUAUUUAAUGUUGUUGUCUGCUUCUGCUUCCUCCUCCUCCUCCUCCUCUAUCGUGCCUCUAUCUCCUCCUUCAUAGUGCCAACAUACAUUUUUAUGUGUUUAGGAAGUUAUAUAUAUCAUGAGAGCACCCUGCAGGAUCAAGCAAAUACUGCCUAGCACCCUGUUUUCACAGUGGUGAACCAGAUACCCCAAUGGGAAGCCCACAAGCAGGACCUGAGUAAUAAUAAUAAUAAUAAUAAUAAUAAUAAUAAUAAUAAUUUAUUAUUUGUACCCUGCCCAUCUGGCUGGGUUUCCCCAGCCACUCUGGGCAGCUUCCAACAAAGAUUAAAAAUACAAUAAAGUGUCACACAUUAAAAACUUCCCUGAACAGGGCUGCCUUCAGAUGUCUUCUAAAUGUCAGAUAGUUGUUUAUCUCUUUGACAUCUGACAUCUGAAGGGAGGGCGUUCCACAGGGCGGGUGCCACUACCGAGAAGGCCCUCUGUAUGGUUCCCUGUAGCCUCACUUCUCGCAACGAGGGGACCGCCAGAAGGCCCUCAGCGCUGGACCUCAGUGUCCGGGCUGAACGAUGGGGGUGGAGACGCUCCUUCGGGUAUACUGGGCUGAGUACAAGAGCCCUCUCCCCUCCUGUGGUUUCCAGCAACCGAUAUUCGGAAGCAUUACUGCCUCCAACCUUGAUAUGCAAUGCCAUAUCCAAAAAGGAUAUAUGGCCCUUGACCCAUCCAGCUCAGUACUUAAGAGUUCUGACUAGGGCUUCCAGGGGGGUCAUAGCUGGGGGUCUCUCCUAGCCCUGCUGUUAGAAAUAACUGGGGAUGCCACAGAUGGAGCCUCAGAUAUUGUGUAUGGGAAACAUCUCUAGAAACAUAGAAAGCUGCUUUGUAUCAGGUCCGUCUACUUACCCAUUUAUAGAUUUUUAGCUGCAAACAUGGAAAAAAAGAGAGGAGAUCCUUAAACUGUAAUUUCUCAUGGUAAAAAAGAUUUAGUGAAGCUGGUUGGGAUCUUCAGCACUGUUGUGAAACUGGGUUCUCAGCCUGUUGCUUUGUGGCUUGCAGAGUGUAGUAAACCACCAGGCCUGCAUUCUGCAAGUGGAAUGAGUGGUAACAGAAGCCAUCAGAAGAAUCCCACCCUCUGGAAGUUCUUGGCUUGCAUCUCCCAUCGCCCCUGACAUGCUGGAUGGAUCUAAUGGGAGUUGGCGUCCACCAACAUUUGCAUGGCACCAUGUUGUUAUCCUUGGAAGCAAAAGAAACAGCAGACUCUGGUCACCUUGUGCUGGCACAUGGAAGGAUGUUUUUGCCGGCUCCAGAGGGUAGGAUCCAAACAAAGUUACCAGAAAGAAGAUUCUGAUGAAACAUUAGGAAGAACUUUCUGAGAGUAAGAGCUGGUCAACAGUGGAACAAACUCGCCUGGAAGGUGGUGGACUCUGUCAGGGAUUUUUUCUCUGUGAUUCCUGCAUUGCAGGGGCUUGGAUUAGAGACUCCUGGAGUACUUUCCAGUACUAUGAUUCUAUGAAUCUGUGCCCUCUUUGCUAUGGUGGUGGCGUGGGCUGGUCUCAGAGGGGCAGGAAAGGGGUGAGGCUAUUCAGGAAAGAGCCAAAUGCUCCCCAAAGAGAAUUCUGGAGGAAGCAGUGUAAUAAAGCAUCUCUGAUGGUGCCAAAAAUUCCUAGCAUACAAUGGGGCUGCCUCUGCAAAUGGUUUGGAAACUUCAGCUGGUGCAAAAUUCAGUGGCAAGGCUGCUCUCUGGAGCAUAUAACACCAAGUCUGACCUGACUGCACUGGUUGCCAGUCAGUUUUGCUAUCGGGACUUGUGCUUUUUAGCUUGUUCAUAAAUGGUCUUGAGUUAGGAUUGAGCGGCCAGCUGGCCAGACUUGCUGACAACACUACCUUGCUCAAGGUUGUUAAAACGAAAAGAGACCGUGAAGCGCUCCAAAAGGACUCAUCCAGGCUAGCUGGAGUAGACGGGCCAAUGGCCUGAUUCAACAGGCUCUUCUUAUGUCCUUACGUUGUUAGGUUCCAGAUGUAGCAUUGCUUCCCGGAACAUUCUUAGGUGGACCAGGCCAAUGGAUUAACCAGUUGUGCUGUUUGGCAUGGUAGAAUGCCCUGCAUUCUUUGCAUGAAGGAAGGUGUGCUGCAACAAUUUGCUGCAGGUCGCUUGUAACUGAGUCACAUUGCUCUAUGUCAUAGGAGUACCGUGAAGAUUACUGUAGUGCAAUCGAGCACUCCACAGUGCUAUAUGAAUAAAGUGUCCCCCUCAUAGACAGGGGGAAAUUUGUGUAUGUGAGAGAUUUACAAAAAAACCCCCCAAAAUCUCCAGUAUGUACUUACUGGCCAAAUGUUCAGUUUGCAGAAGAUGGGCACCAUGGAAAGGCAGUUUUGCACCAAGUCUAUGGGCUUUGAAGGCAGAGCAUGCCUUUGUCUUUUCACUGAUAUCUUGCUUAAUAGCUCAGGAAUCUUUUUGACCUUCAUUUUUUUUUUUUGUAUCCAUGACGACAUGACAGAAUACGUGUAAUUAGCUGAAGGAUGUUGUAGGAACUGUUUUCUUUUAUUUUUUCAGGGCAGUGUGCACGAUACAAGAUCUGCAAGCAUGUUUACGAUGCGCGUGAGCCUUAGCUGAAAUCUGCCAAGAGUUCUAGUCAAGCAGAUGGUGACCCCUGGUUGAACUUGCCCUCGCGUUCAAUUAUUCAGCUGUAUUUAAUUUUCCUCCAUGUGCCAAAAAGCUGUGUGACUGUAAAUCCUCUAGGUGGCGCCGAAGACCACUUUUAAAGGCCUUGGUGUGUCCCCCCCCUCCCCUCCCUCCCUGCCGCCUCUCUGGUUUGUUAUUUCAAUGUUCAAACUCAUUUGCAGAAAUUUGAAGGCAUAUCAUUAGUUUGGGGUUCAGUGUUAGGCGGAUUAUGAGUUUUAGCCUUUGAACAAUGGUUUCAGUUUAAGAUCAAAUUAUAGAAGAGAAGGGGACCCCCCCCCUUUUUGGUCAAAUGGUAUAUGAAUGGAUAAUAAGCUCUAAGUAAUCUGCAUUUUAAUGAGACAUUUGAUAGAUUUUUAGGUUUAAUAUUUGGCUAAAUAAUUAUUUUUGAAUUCUUCCCUUAUUAUGUAGUUAGAGGUCUAUCUGUAACCAUGCAUUUUAUUAUGGUUUCAUUUCAGAGAUCAUUCCUACCUAAUUUGUAUUAAAAUUAUUAGCAGCACCUUAGCAAACUGCUGGGGAUAAGGAAAUGUUAAAUGGUGGUAUUAUUACUUUGAACUAUUAAUACUUAUUUACAACCAGAUUACGAAUCGCUAAUCUAUCAUUAAAAUAAAUACUUUUGGCUCAGGUUUGUGAUGGGUUUGUAAGCCUGUGACAUGUUAGAUCUCGAUAUCCUAAAACUACCACUACAAUAUGUUUCAUGAUAAAUGCUUUGUGAAGAGCAGAAAGUGAAAAAAUUGCCAGAUCCUCAUUAUCACUCGGUUUCUGAAUUACCAGAGUUUUCAGUUCUAAUGUUGAGGUUCAGCUGAAUAUUUAACAGUUUGUGCAUUGGAACAGGGUACAUAUUUCACAAAAGUAGAUCAAAAGUUCAGAAUUUUUCAAAGUUGCAUGGUUUCAGAGUGCAUUUCCCCCCAUUCUUCCUGCUUUCUAGGGUGCUAAGACCCAGGGCUUAUAGAAAAUUCAUGGACAGAAAAUUAAUCAUCCCAAGUUGCAUCACACCUCAGUGCUGUACGAAACAGUUGUAAUAUUUUGCCCUUCCCAAAUGUAUAUAUUUUUAGAUGUAACAGAAAAAAAAUAGAAAAACAGAAGGCAGGUCAGUGGACGGAAUUGUCUUAAAUCGAAGAACUGCAGUGUAACUGGUUGUUGAAUAAGGCAGCAAAAAUACAAUGUUGUGUUCAGAUGUGCAGCUCAAUUGCUUUGAAAGAGAUAAUUGCAGUGCUAGACAUAAUUCACCUUGCAGAAUUGCUCUUAGUUUAAAUAUUAUGGGUUCACACAAUUUCAAACCAUUUCCCCAAUAUGAAAACCAAAACGAAUCAAGACCAUGCAGGAUUAUAACUGUGCCAAAAAUCUGAGUUAAACCUGAAGUUCCUGAUAUUGGCAUUACAGUAGAACCAGUAGAGAGGGAAAGAGGGGAAUUGGUCAGGAGUACAGGGAAAUCUGAAGCGUGUAUUUGUAGAAGGAAGAGGAAUUCAAGUGUAGAGGUAAAUGAAAUUUCGUCAUUAAGAAGAGGAAGAUUUGCCACCAAAAUAUUCCAGAACUGGCAACCAGAAAAAUCAAACUGUACGCAUGCAAAUACGAAAUAGAAUUGUGCGUAAAUAUUGCAACAUUGCAUUAUUCUCAUUGCACAAUCAUGUGUUUUGCUUGGUUUUUAAAAUCCUUCCCACUCUGAGAGCAUAGCUGUCAACUUUCCCCUUUUCUUGCGAGGAAUCCUAUUUGGAAUAAGGGAAUGUCCUUUUUAGAAAAGGGAAAAGUUGACAGCUAGGUCCAAGAGUUGAUAGAGAGGAAUAUCUGGAUACAUGAAAGAGUAGUGAAGAGAAAGCGAUUGGCUGAUCAAAGAGCCCCUAGCUAAUAGUCCUACUGAGUGCCAUAUUGUGGCAUAAUUCUGGAUGGUUAGAGAUGGCCAUUUUACCACAUAUUUGGCCAGACAUCUACAUCAUGAAUCCAUUCUCCUGACCACUUGGCAGGAUGAUACAGGCUACCUACCUACCAGGUGCACACUGUCAAUUGGCUAGAUGGGCACCUGGGCCUGUCCUGUGACUGCAUGGUACCCAGCGUCAGCAGCCAACAUUUGUGGGGCAAAUGACAGGGCUACAGGCCUCAGAGGGGCUUGCUGCAGCUGAUUUCCAGCAUCUUUAUCCAGAAGUAAAUAAAUAAAUCCGCAUCGGCUUUGGCCACCUUUCUCAGCAACGGGUUGAGCACUGCUGCUUGCUUCCCACCGCCUCUCACUGCCCACAGUGAGCCCACCGUGACCUUACUGAAAGGCGUCUCUGUAUGACACCAUGCCUUGGGUCCCCUCAAACUUGGCACGUGCAGGAGUCAUUGCAUGUUCCCUCAGUGUUUUUAAGAGAAAAUGUCAUUUUGCAUGGCUGGAUUUUGUCACUGGUAGACCAUUGCACUUAUUUUGUAUGGGGGGGGGUGCCUUAUUUAAAUUUGGCUGGUGCUCGUUGCUGGAAGUGCUUAUUUGGCAUUUAGAGCACCCACCCGCCCAAGGGAAGAAAUAUCUUGUUUGUAGACCACAAGUAUUCAAACGCCUGCAUGAACUCAGGCAGAGGAACCUCAAUUCAGGGUACCUGCACUGCAUGCAGAAGGUCCCAGGUUCAUUCCCUGGGAGCUUCAUUUUACAGGUUCAGGGAACCGGUCAGGACAAACGUCUCUCUCCGUCUAAGACCCUGUAGAACUGAUUCCAGUCAGAGGAAGCAACAGACACAUAAUUUGACUUGGUCUAAGGUGGCUUCCUCUGUCCCUAAAGCCCCAUGCAGUACACAGCCUCUCAUUUGCACAACACUGCUAACUGCAGAGCUUGGUUUUGAUCUGUCAGUAAUGUAGUGCUGGGCAAUUGUGUGUGGUUUUUUCCCCCUACUCCACCUUAGUUUUUCACAUCUUAGCUUUUAGCUCAGGAGAGGGAAACCCACUACAGAGCAAAUGAAUCCAGCAUAUGGAGUAAAGUGGUGCUUCCACAAACUGGCAUCUGCCAGAUGUUCUGGAUUCCCAUCAGCCCCAGCCAUCGUGGCCAAUGGUCAGCAAUGAUGGUCUUUAAAGAAGAAUGGGAACUUUUUACUAAUUAUUUAAAAAGACAACAACAAAAUGAACUGGACUCCUUGGCAGGUUUUGAAUAAACAUACACAAAUUUAUUGAGGGUUAAUAUAGUAGACAGAUAAGGAUAUAUACAAUUUUACAGUAUGCAGAGAAUAACAUGAGUUGAGAAAUCAGAGAGAGGAGCUUAGGGAAGUCUGAUAAUGAAGAUGAUUUGUUUUGAUAAUUUGUUAUGUUGAAAUUGUUAAUAUUUUUUUUAAAAAAGCAAUGAUGGAAAUUCUAGUUUGAAACAUCUGGAGGGCACUGGAUUGGGGAAGAUUGGCACAGAGUCUUUGACAAUGUGCACCCUUUGAGUAGUGUAAGAGUUUGGGGAGGGAAGUGCUUCUUGAUACGGAAACAGGAACAUUGCAAAUGCGUUUCUAUUUCAGAUACAAAACGUUGAAUCAUAUAAAAAACCAAUUGAAUGCUCUAAUUAGACAUUAAUGUAACGAGGAAAGAUGCUAGUUAAGGAACUCAUGUGCAUGAAGUGCUCACUCCUGAAAACUCCCUAAUUGCCAAAUCUGAAAGUUGAAAUGGAAAGUAACAGUAAUCUGUUGUUUUUGGACUGAUUUCCAGGGAGUUUACCAGCUAUAGGAAAUUUGUCUGGAGUGACAUUUCUCUUUUCUUGAAUGAUUAGGCUUCCAGAGGUUUUCCAAUAUGGUUCAGCCCAUUAUUUUCAAUGACAGAGACAGUGCAAAUGUAUUCACAAUAUUAGCUAUUGUGCUUUCUGUGUGUCGAUGUUGAACUGGGAAGUGAAGGAUAAUAAUAAUAAAAAAAUGCAUCGUGCAAAGUUACGAGCGAUAGUGGUCCUAAUUUGAAGAGCAGCUUCAUAAAAAUGUACCCUACAUAAAGUAGUAUACUUUAACAGCCACCUGGAAAUCCUCUUUGUCCAUCAAACGACAUCCAUAAAGGCUCCGAGACAUAUGUCAUAAUCUUUCUUCAUGUUCCAUUUGCAUCAGUGUUGCCAAUUCGAACCAGGAUAUUCCCUAAGUGCCUAUUAAGUCGGGCACACCACUCAAAGGUUUAAGGCAGCAUAUCACUUACUGAUGCAAGCAAUGGCAAAUAUAGUUAGCUUAAUACUAUCUAUUGAUUUCUCCCCUAUACUUGAACUAUUGAGACCUUGUUUACGUGCCUGUCCGUAGCCAGCACACACCCAUGGUCUUUCCGUCCAUUUACAUGCACAGUCGUAACCCCAGUUGCAUCAUGUUUCAAUGCAGUUAUUUUUAAUAUAGCACCUAGAGACCCAAAGCCUUGCUAUUUUUUGGGGGGGGGGGAGGGCGGGUGUCCAAAUAAUAUUACAAUAUUUUUAUUACGCUGCAAAGUGUUGCUCUUAGUGGAUCCGUUUACAACGAUCGCAUUACUUUAUGUGUUGAGAUUAUGCUAUCAUACCAUGGCAGAUAUGGCCAACCCUCAAAAUAUUUUUUUUUAACACAAAGCUGUUAGUUUCCAUUAAUAUCACUCCAUAUUAUCACCCAGCACUAGGCACUUUUGCUUGUAGAUUCAUAUGAACUCCGUUAUUGUAUGCUUUAUAAAUCUAUUUGAUCUAAUGUUCUUGGAUACUCAAAUUUUCUAAAUUGUUCCAUCUUCCUGUUUUGUAUCACAAGAGACACGGCUGUAUUUAUUUUUCUUGGACCAAUUCUGUUGCUUAGCCGCUCAUUAGUCACUUUCAAUGGAGAAAUCAAUGUAUUGGCCCUGCACUUUGACCAUUUCUCUUCUGCUAAAUAAAUACGUAUGGAAUUAUGAGUAACAAAAAACAACCUCAGGGAGACUGUGAGCAUUGGAUGCUUCUGCCCACAUAAGAAAGAACACUACAAGCUUGAGCAGUUCUCUCUAUGAGAAAUGGGAAUAAUAGAGACCUUCCUCAAAGGAAUGUUGUGAAGAAAAAUGGAAGGCUUUAGACUAAAACAAAAUACACAGAAUUCUGAAUAACGAUGACCCCGAGAAUAAAAGAACAAAGCAAAUCGCAACACGCUCAUUGGCUAUGAUCCAGCAAAUAUAUUCUGGACUUCUCUAUUGUUAGCUAUGGAACAGCUUGUGCUUGUGGGUUCUUGGUUUUCAGAGGCAACAACAGGGCCUGGUUAUGUUUUCUGGAUUUCAACCAUUGAGCACAGAGUCUGAAGCAUCCUGAAAUCCUAAAUAGGAUGAUGGGUGGUAUAUAACAUGCUUCAAAUAAAGAAAUUGUUUAGUUUUUUAAAAAAGCUGCUAAAUUAAUACUUAUCUUCAGAAAUUUGCUUUCUUCUACUUUCUUUACUUUUUACAAAGAAAAAAGUUCAUGCACAAUUAGAAAAGUUACAUUAAAAGAAACCUUAUCGAUGUUAGAAUCAACUGGUGAAAAUUAGGAUUGGACCAAAAUAUUUGUCACCUUUUCCACACUGUUUCCAGCACUGUGCAAUUCUGUGGAGAGGGCAGGUAGAGGAACAUAUUCCAAAGCUCCGAUCGCAGCUCUCUUUAAUCUUGGAGAUUUCUGUGUCUUUGAAAAUAAAUAAUGUAGUGCAACAGGCAGCCUUGUGUUUUGGAAGAGCAGUGUUUGCCUGUGGCAUCUUCCAUGACUACAAAGCUCUCUCCUAGUAACUUCCCUCCCUUUUUAUUAAUAAUUCCCUAAGUCAAUGAAGAACCCUUAAAGAGAGAGAGAGAGAGAGAGAGAGAGAGAGAGAGAAAUCUCUCCUGCUUCUUCCUUUCCUACUACUGUCCUUCCCUCUUGCCCAGUUUAUACCCCACCAUGUAGACCCACAUUUGGAAGAUCUGAAAAAUAUGACUUCUGGAUUGCUAGAUGAUACAUCCGUGGCAAUCUCCCUUUCCACCAUUGUUGGGGGGGGGGGUUGUUUUCUUUUCCUUUAUCCUGAAGGUGGCAGUGAAAGAGAAAGAAUCUCUCUCUUUUCUUCUUUUGCUUCCCCCUUUGAAGCUCACAAAGCAGAUGGCCAAGCCCUCUCUCUUACCCUCCUCAUCUCUUGUUGUGCCCAGGAGUGGAGGCGAAGGAAAACUACAGCUCUUCGAAAAGUGCUGCAGCUCCAAUUGCAGGAAAAGGGGGUCUCCCUCUCCUUUCUACCGACCCCCCCCCAACAGAUCCUGGCACAAUCAAGUACUAUCCUGGCCAAGCUUUAUAAAUAAGCGAAUAGGCUGAGCCACUUUGUGUGUGUGUGUGUCCCCCACCACCACCUCAGUCUUUUAGCCCUUACCAAGAUAAUUGAGUAUCAUAAUGGUGGGAAAGGACCGCAGUCAUCAUUUGCUGCCUGUCAGGUAUCAGUACUCAUCUCCGUGUCAUCCGUCACCAUUGAACCACUCUGUCAUCUUCCCCCAGCCUUCAGCGCUGCUCCUUCUCAUCGUGUUCAUUAUCUCGAGCUCAGACCAAUUCCCCCCUCCCCGUCCUCCUCCCUCUCUCCUCCCCAGCCCCUGUAAAUGCAUCUUUGUGCGACUCUCAGUCUUCUGAUUAUGAAUCGAUGAUCAUGUGGUGUAAGAGAGAUAGAUGGCUUUUAGUUCCAUCUUGUCUCCUCUAAUUGUAAAAUAUUAGUUACAUUAGACUGUGCCUUUUGAUUAAUGGAACUUAUUUGGAGUGGCCUCUCCCGGCCCUCCCCCCGCUUUCAAAGUCCUCCACUGACUUUUGAGAAUUGAGUGAUUUCACUUAAAGUAGACAAAUAGGUCCUUCAGCAAGGAGAUAGCUGAGCUCUAAUAUCGGAAGGGGGGGGGGGACUCGAGGAGACUUUUUGUGUGUGUGUGUGUGUGUGUGUGAGAGAGAGAGAGAGAGAGAGAGAUUUAAAAGAAAGGAUUCAACUCUGAUUAAACACACAGGCCGUUUAUUAAUGCACACGCACCCGUGCUGUUUUGCAAACCCAGCAGUUCUCUUGUAAAGCUACGAAAACCUAUGUCUGAAAGUGUUUCGAAUGAAAUUAGUCGGAGAUAUAAAUUAAAAGCUUCCUGAUGUACACAGCCAGGGACGGAGACGGUCAGUAUGUGGAAACUUUGAUGUAUUAAUGGCAGAGACAACAACAACAACAACGUUAUCUUAACCCUCCCUCUUAGGACACUUUACAGGGUAUGCCAUCAACAAAGCGUCUUUUUCUCCGUACAUCUGACACUGCAAAAGAAAAAAGAGAGGGACCUGUAUACAGAAUUUAUCUUAUUUGGCACUAUUUGCCUAAACACGAGACUUAUGAUAAAGUCCUUGCUGUACAAAUGGUAUUGCAGUUGGUGCAUCCCCUAUUAUAAAUAAUCGCUGUCUAUCUUUCAGUGUAGAUUCAAGGACAUGUUCACUUUCAGCCUAUCAGUUCAAUUAGAAAAGGUCUAUUUGCUGUCAAUGUCUGUAUCUCAUGGAAAUAAGGACACACUCGUUCAUAAACAAAUCAAACUACUGUUUUGUUGUUGUUUUUUCGUUUUAAAAAGGCAUUGAUGAGGGAUGCAGCUAAAAGCCGUUGUGGGAUACACAGAGGAUUAAAAGCAACCGCAGCAGCAACUUACGCCUCUGCAAAGGAUCUCAGUUCCUUUAUAGCAACUUCUGGACCAUUAUUCCUCACUAAUAAUCUAUUCAAUAAACCCACCUACAUAAGGCCUGAAACAACCUGCUGUCAUUUACAUUUUCUAUUUGUUAGAAAACAAAUGAAAUAGUUGCCUUCCUUGCUGGCUAUAAUCCUGCAUUUGGCUACACACCUGAAAAACUCCUGCUGAAAUCAAUUAGAUUUGCCGGCAAAUGCUGGCAGGAUUGUCAAAGCCUCCAUGUCCAGAAGCACUGUAUCUCUGACUACCAUGUGCUAUAAGCCACAGCAGAAGGCCAUCUUUAUUCACCAGGAUCCUGCCUGUAAGCUCCCAGAGGCAUCUGGCUGACUGCAGUAGAAAACAGAUCGUGCUGGACCAGUCAGAACUUGGUCUGAUCCAGAAGGAUCGUUUCCUUUGUACUUCUAAUGUUGAAAGACUAUCAGGAACAGCUUUGCAUGAAGAAAAGCGCCUGGAUGCUAGAAAUACAAACUGGGUGAGAUAAAAUUCACCGUGCAAAAGUGGGUGGGGAGUGCAGUAGUGAAGCCCAUUUCUUGCUAAUAUUUCCUACUGUUUUCAAAAGUUGCUUUUUGCUACUUCAUACAUCCUUAACUGAAGGGACGCGGGUGGCGCUGUGGGUUAAACCACAGAGCCUAGGUCUUGCCGAUCAGAAGGUCGGCAGUUUGAAUCCCCGCGACGGGGUGAGCUCCCGUUGCUCGGUCCCUGCUCCUGCAACCUAGCAGUUCGAAAGCACGUCAAAGUGCAAGUAGAUAAAUAGGUACCGCUCCAGUGGGAAGGUAAACGGUGUUUCUGUGCACUGCUCUGGUUCUCCAGAAGCGGCUUAGUCAUGCUGGCCACAUGACCCAGAAGCUGUACGCCGGCUCCCUCAGCCACUAAAGCGAGAUGAGCGCCGCAACCCCAGAGUUGGUCACGACUGGACCUAAUGGUCAGGGGUCCCUUUACCUUUACCUUUUACAUCCUUAACUGAAGUUAAUGGAAUUGCAUAAAUUUUGUCAUAGGGCAUGUGGGCAGAAUAAAGUCGGCACGCUGGGAAGUGCAGGAGGGGAGAGGGCUCUUGUGCUGGAGUCCUGAUUGUAGGUUUCCCACAGGCACCCGGGUGGCCCCUGGGAGAACAGGGUGCUGUGCUAGAUGGGCCACUGGCCUGAUCCAGAAAGCUUUUCUCGUUGUCUUAUGUUCCUUCCAGGAUCUUCAAGUAGUCCAGUGCUAGGCAUCCAGUCCCACAGCACAGGUCUGGCAAAAAGAGUCUGUUGGGAAGAGGUACUGAUGUUUAAAGCACUUUGGGAAUCGUAGUUCUGUGAGGGGGAUAAGCGUCUCCGAGGAGCAGUUUCAGAGUAGCGUGACUGGUGCAGUCACACUGGGUGCUGCGCUGCAGGGGGCGCCACAACAAUGCUGUAGAACCGAGAGCAAGAGGUAGGGGGCACACCAAAUUUUAGUGUUGCAUAGGGCACCAUAAAAAUUUGAGAGCCCAAAGUCUCCUAACAACUGUCAGCACCCUUAACAAACUACAUUUCCCAGGAUUCUUUGGGGAAAGACAAAGUGGCCUCAUAGUGCUUGAAAUGUAUAGUGCAGAUGGGUCCUAAGUUAAUGAAACUUUACUACAAACUUGCGUAUAAAAUUAUGUGAAGGUAAAUGCCGACCAUGCAUAGAAACUAUGGCUGCUUCCAAAGGCUGAAUUUGCCAUUGUUAUUCAAGUUUGGAUUGUUGGAAAACGCUGGGCAAGAUCUUGUAGGACUGCUGCUUAGACAGCUCUUAUCUAGCUCCUACAAGAUGAGACAGCUAUAUCGCUUGUGGGGCACAAACAUUUUGGCAGAGACAUUCUUGCAGUGUGGCUUUCACACGUAUUUUAUUAUUAUUUUAAACGUGACCUUCACACUACAUUGGAGUGGCACGUUUCCACUUCAUUAUUGUAUCUUCUCUCUCUCCCUCUCUCUCUCUCUCUCUCUCUCUCUCUUUUUUUGGGGGGGGGUUUCAGAACGGCUUCAGAGACUUAUGUUGAAAUUAAUUGAGCCCAAUUACCUCUGACUUCUUUCUCUGUGGUCUUUUUUUAAACCAAGCUAGUGGUCGGAUUUGAUGAUACAGCAAGGUACUUGAAAGAAAGCACCUAUACUAAUGAGGCUGGUGGGUUGUAUCUAAGAGCCUAACUACAUGUUACGCUAAUUGCAUGGCUAUCUGCCUUGCCAGGGGAUUUCUUUAUUUGUUUCUCAAAUGUUAGCAUGGGAAGAAUUUAUGUCAGGAUCACCGUGCAUGGAUUGGGGGAGCUUUAACUUUCCCUCCCAAGCUGUGGUCCCAAACUGAAACCAUCCCUCCACUGCCAUUCGUGUGGGAAGAACUCCCACUGGCUUCAGUGAGAGCUUUUCUCUAUUGGUAAUUACAGUGCAGAAGAGCCAUUUUUUUAUUGCAGUCACAGCUAGAGAGGGGAAGCUUAAACCUCCCCUCCCCACUAGCUAUAGUACUAAUCGGAAUUCGCACCUAGGAAUUGGUUUUUAAAAAAACACUGAUGUGGCUACCAAUGUGUGACUUAGGCUCUGAGUAAGAACAGGUGGACUCAGAUGGGCAAAUCUGAAAAUUUAGAUGUCUCUCCGUUUCCCAUAUAUCCAAAUUAGUUUUUUGUAAGUUCUAACAAAAAUUUGUAAUUCUUUUACUGCCCGUUUCUCCUGACGCACACAAUUUUGUAUGCAGCAUUGCCUAAUAGAUACACAUUUUUUCCUAAUCCCCCAUUUUAAAAGUUAUUUUCACCAAUGUAUGCACAUUUAGGAACAUCGUUGGUCAGAAAACGGCACCCCAAUAUUUGGAGAAGUGCAAAUUCUGAAGGGUAGCUGUGUGUUUUGGUUUAAUUGUUUCCGGAAGCGUGAGUUAGGUAGACCCAUGUAAACCAAACAAAAAAUUUCACCCAUUUCUAGCUCAGGGAAGGGGAUGUCUCUCUACUGAGCAGGACUCGUAUCCUGUCUGCUUUCACAAACAAGGAAUCCUUGGGAAAUCGUACUAAUUCAACAGAUUUCUUUUUGUUUGUCUCAACAUCCCCCAAAAUUGUUGCUUUAGUCAAGCAUCUAGAGAACACCCCCUUUUCCCUACUGAGAAGUAUUUCUAGUCUUACUAUAACACUUUUAAUUUCAAGAAUAAAAAAUCAGGAUUCCCCUACUUUCAGUUUGCUUCGAUAUUUCAUUUUGAGUGGACUUGGUGACAAGUCUUGUUUCUGAGAGAUUUAGUCAACAACUGUGAAUUUAAUCUGGAAGGUCCAAAAUACAAGACUGCAGUCAAGUAGCACUUGAAAAGCAGGAAACAACAUUUUAAGCUGCACAGAAGUUUUCUGAAAAGGAAGUGCAGUGUACAAGUUGAAGCUGAGUUUCCUGCUUUGUGAGGUGGUUUGAUCCUAAGCAAGGUGCUAUUUUGAAAGAUUUUCCUGUCUCCCUGAUCAGGUCUGUUUUCGUUCCACUUUCUGCACAGCGUGGAAGAGUUUGUCUUUGACGUUCUUGAGGUUAAAGCAAAAGGAAACAGUAACAAGGCAUAAUAGGCACAUGGCUUAACUGUGGCAUCUGUAAUGUGGUUUAUUGGCUCAAAAUAUACGUAGGCUCAAGCAUCUCUCUAAGGCUUCUCUUCCAUUGAUAAUAUUGAGUCCUGGAGCGGUUGAGGAGGCUCAGUGUUGCAAUGCAAGGCAUAUCUUCCAUUCCAUGGAACUCAGAAUCUUUCAUGAAUGAUGCUGCACAGUCAACUGGUUGAAGGGGAUGUCCAGUGUAAAUAGAAGUAUUACCAUUGUCAGGAAAGAACAGGGAGAAAAGUGAGUUCAGAUUUAUUUAGUUGUUUGUGACAGCUACAGCCUGGGUAAUGACAAGCAAGCAAGACAUAGGAGCCAACUCCUAGGGGUCAAGGUCCCUUCGCCCCCCCCCAAACUAUUUGAAGAGUCGUCCCUCAAAAGGUUGAUGGGCAUUGCCAUUCAAAUGGUGUCUGUCUGCUGUAUCAUGUGAUUGAUUAUGUGGAGUGGGGCUUACCUGCCCCCCUCAAUAUUUUAUUUAAGUUGGCACCCUUGGGUAGAAAGAUUCUAAUGUUUCUAGCUCUGGGGCGCCUUGUGCAAGAGCAGUAAAGGGCUGUGGUUUUCACUCCCUACUUGCGAGAUUAUUGAAGGCAUCUGGUUGGCCACUGUGAGAAGCAGGACAAGGUUGAACUUGGUAGGCCUUUUGCAUUACCCAGCUGGACUCUUCUUAUAUCCUUUAUCUUCACACAAGGGGGAAAUUUAAAGCAGUAUAUGCAUGGUAAAGUAAAGUCCUGGUCCUGCUCUUCAGAAAAUUGCCUUACACAUUUGUCUGCUUUUAUAAUUACUGAUAAAUUAAUUUGCCAAUGCAGUGGCAGAUUUGUCUCAAAAGUGCCAUAGAUACUGAGAUUCUAGUCACCAAGAAACCUUCUCUUUACUUCAGGAUAAAUGCAAAAGUAACAAUAAAUAAAUAAAAUCAUGCUAUUAGACAUAUGGCUGCAUCCAUCUCUGAAGAAAAAAUGCUGAAGGUUACUGUAAAGUUCUGAAACAGAGGCCAACUAGAUGGGGUGAAGAUCCUGAAAUUUAAGGCAGUAUAAAAUUAAAAUUAAAAAAUGCCAAUUUACAGAGUUCCUGUAAACUGAUUUUUAAAAAAUCAUUUCAUUUUUUGACAACUUUAUAUAGUGUAAGCUACAAUAGGUUUUAUUGUCCUUAAAAAAAGCAUAGCCUGUAACUUCCAAAUAUCUCUAAGAAGUCCUUCUUUAGGGUUUGAAGUUGAAAUCGAUAGCUUAUCCCAGUUUGAGGCAGAAUUUGGCCCUUGGAAGUCUACCUCUCAAGUGGCCGCUAUUUGAGGCCAUCUUUUGAUUAACAUGAUAUUUGAAGCAGACUAUGGCUAGAGAAGCAAUAUAUACCCCACUGUUCAAAUCCGUGCCACAAAACCCUACAGAGACCUAGUUAAUGAAAAUCAACCUGCUCCAAUCGUCAUUGGGAAAUACCUCCACUGUUAGCAAUCAAUUGAGGAUGAGUUUGGCGUUUGGAGGUGGGGGCAAACCAAAGCCAAAUACACAGGCCGGGGGGGGAGCAUCAAAGAGGUUCUCACUCCCAGCCUAUUGCUCUAUUUAAGGGGCCAAUAAUUCGGCAAGGUUGUGCACUAAAUAAUUUGUAAGCCUUCAGAACAUGCAGGUUAUUGUUUGCGGACAGAUGGUGCAUCACAUUUUACUGCUUAUUCCUUCUGUGGUUUCUCAUAUGUACGACUGAUGUGCAUUCUGAAGUCUUUGUUUCCUUGCUAAAAUCUCUAAUCUAAAACAGGCAAUCAAGCACACAGACAGUGGUUCAGAAAGCAUAAUCAUAGCUUGAAAGGAAGGGGGGCAGAAUCAUCUGCAGUUAAAAAGCAGAUGUGUUCACUAGAAAUGCAUGAAGGUUAUCAGGAAUAUCCAAACGGGGCAAAUAAAUAAAAUUAGGGAGCUUUGAAAAAUUGUCCCAGCAAAUGGCUUUUUUUAGGUGGCCAGAUUCCUGAGUAAUCAUUUAUCUUAUUUUGAUACGCUGGGCAUUAAUUAAUAUUAUUAUUUACUAUUAUUAUUUAACAUUUUCUGCUAAUGUUAUUUUAUUAUUAUAAUUAUUAUUAUUAUUGAAUUGUUAUGAUUUGGAGAUCAACACUGCCCUUGAGAGUUAAAUUGCACUGAUAUAGAGGAAGGAAAUGAGACAAACUAACUCAACUCUUUUUUUCCCCUUUCUUCUUUCCACUGUUCCUCCCCCCCUUUCUUAUUCUGAAGAUAGAAUUACUGUUUGUAAGCAUCUGAAAGUCAUUAGAGGCUCCGCAGUCUGUCAGGUGCCGAUACAAAGGAACUGCUGAAACCGAACGGGAUCCUGUGCAGAGUGCUGGGAAUUUGUCAUGUGGUGAUGAGCAGUUAUAAUAAUAUAUGAGCAAAUCACAAGCAUUCUGCAAAUUAAUCAAAAUUCCCCCCUCCCUCUCUCCCUCCCUCCCCCGGCUUUCUCCCUCGUCUCUAAGAGAGUGGCUUUGCCGGCAGACGUAGGUGAAACAGUUUUACUCACAGAUGGUAGCGCUGGCAUCAGAUGGAAUUUAUAUAACAGUAAUUCUGAUUUCCUGCCAAAGUAGCACUGAAAACACCAGGGAGAUAGUACAAGACAAGUCAUGUGGUUUUGCUGAGGUUGUUGUGGGAAGUUUAAAGGAGUGUGGGGGGGGCGGAGGAAGAAACCCCCCUCUCACAUUUUCCUCUUUGCAUUUUAUUGUUUUAGCCUGAAGGGCCAGAAAUUGUACGCCGUUCCGCCACGGGCAAAAAAAAAAAAAAUCCAACACGUCGUCUUUUCUUUUUUUUAUGAAUUGUGCUGAAAGAGGGCUUCACAGCUGUUGGAGCUGCUGGCAGGGGGAGAAAGCCCACAUGACUUCUUAUCAUCUCUCUUGCCUUACAAGGGAUGAAAGGAGGGAGGGUUCAAGAGGUGGUGGCCUUACAUGUUUAAAGGGAGGCAGGGUCUUCCUUUCCAGGAAGCUGUGCCAUGUUCACUUUCAUUAGACUCCCUCUGGCAUAACAAUAUAAGGGGAGGCUUUUUUUUUAUUUUCCGAGCGCUCCGUAAAACAGAGAUGCAAAGGACAUAUUUUUCAUUCGAUGCUGCUUGAUGCAAUCUGGAGAAUGUGGAAACAUGCGUCCUCUUGAAAUGAGUAGCUCAGUGGCAGGGGACCUGCUUCUGUGCAGAAGGUCCCAGGUUCAGUCCCUGAUGGCACCUGCUGGUCAGGCAGGGAAAGACUCCCUUUCUGAAACCCAAGAGAGCUGCUGCUAGAUGGACCGUGGGCCCGACUCUGCAGAAGACAGCCUCCUGUUCUUCUGCUUUUUCAAGCGCUGCACAUAAAUGGCCUCCAGAAAUUCUGGGGCAAGGAAAUGGCAGAAGGCAACCAUGGCACCAAAUUUUGCCAGCAGCAGGAGGGAGCCCCGCCACUGGCUGGCCAAGGAUCAGGGCCGCAGUCUAAAAUGCUAAGGAUCAUGCUCCUGAGCUGCUAAACCUCUGUCCGCGUUCUUUUCCAACACAAAUAAAUCCUGCGUUACGAUAACUGAGCAUAUUCUGCGGCCUCUUCAAAUCAAUGGCUACACUCCCAUUGAACUGAAUACUAUCGGACAACAACCAUUUAUUCUGUAUUGAUAGCUAGUCUUAAUGUUAUUGUUCUAAUACUUAAAAAUGAUAUUUAUGGUCUCUAUCUGUUUCUUCCGUUUGGCAGCUCUUUAAUUAAGACCGCCAUUGCUCCAAUUUUAAAAGCUUAAUUUACGGCGUUCCCCACCACAAAAGGUGUGGUCAUGAUCAUGCGUUUAGAUGGCUCUAAAGGGGUUUGAGACAAAUUCACUGAGGAAAACAGUCUGCCAGUGGCUACUUAUCAUGAUGGCCAUGUGUAUCCGUGAGUCUCCAGAAGCUGUGUGCUUCUCACUAACAGUUGCUGGGGAGCAAUGGGGCACGACUACUGUUUCAUGUGCUACCCAGAGGAAUCUCUUUGGCCUCUGUAGGAACCAGAAUAUUGCACUAGAGGGAACUUUGAACUUAUAGAAAUUUACAAAAUUAUGCAUGGCAUGGAGAGAGUGGACAGAGAAAGGUUUUCCUCUUUCAGAACUCAUGAAUAUCCAAGAUUCAGGACAGAGAAAAGGAAGCCCUCCUUCUUCACGCAGAGCACAUUGUUAAACUAUGGAACUCACUCCCACAGGACACAGCGAUGGCCACCAACCUAGGCGAUUUUAAAAGAGGAUUGGGCACACAUUCAUGGAGUAGAGGGCUAUCAAUGGCCACUAGUCAUUAUAGCUAUACUCUGCCUCCACAUUGCCCAUUUGUUUUGGUUUAUGUGGCAGCAGUGAGAUACGUGGAUUAGACAGAAAUGUUACCAUGCUUCAUUACAUCUGGUUGCAGGCAUCUGUCAUUCCCUGGCCAUACAUUCUGGAUCACAUCCAGAAGUAAAACCAAAGGGAAACUCUAUUCAUUUUAUUUACAUAUUUAUUUAUAAAAAUAUUUGUGUACCGCAAUUCAUAAAAAAGACAUCAGAGCAGUUUACAGUUGUACAUAAAAUGAUACCCCCCCCAAAUUUAAAAUUCCUCCCCCCCCACCAGUCCCCAACUAGGGAUGUGAGAAGGCACCAUAUUCAUUCUGCCCUGUAUUCAUCACAUGCUGCACUGUUUCCAUUCCACUGCAAUUCAUCUUCUCCCAAAAAUGGCAUCAUACAUCUUGCCCACACAUAUACUAAUAAAAAUACAGCAAGAAUUUGUUUAGAUACAAAGUAAUGAAGCUGCAUAUCUAAAUUGGAGAGUUUUGCCAGUGCACAUUUCUGGAUGUUUAGGCUUCCAUCAAAACAAAAAAACUCUUUUAGGAAAAAGAGCUUUCCCCCCUUCUUGCUAAAGUUAGUGAAUAAUACCUAGAUAAUGUGUAACGCUGCCAUUUAUAAAUCACUAGCAAGGAGUUUUUGAGGCACCUUACUAAACUGUCACUACAGGUUAUGGCAUCUUGGGUGGUAAGACAAGUUAUAAUGUGACAAAAUACCAGCUAAAUUAUUCAACUUUCAUAACAAACCAGCAUCUCAGAUUAAAAAGCAAAAGCUUAUUUAUUUUAAGUGACACCAAAGAAGCAGAGAAUAAUAUAAGAAUCUAGCUGAACUAAGAUAUUUAGGCAGGCAAUACUUAACCCCUGUAAAAUGCAGGUGUUCAGCAUUCUUUCUACAUGGAGAUCUGCAUGGAAUUGGGUCUUAUUGUUGGGUUGUGUAAUACCCGUCUGACAAAUUUCACCAGGCUUAGCAAAGCUCUUUUUCACUUAACUUAAAAUUGCUCAGAUGUAUUGACCAAGGAAGAACUUCUACAUGCGUUAUGACUUCUUUUGUUGUUGUUUUACAAUGAUGGCUGGUGCCCACUGGGAUUGGUAGAGCAGAAAGCAGGGAGGCCAACAGUAGGAGGCGCCAGAGCCAAUGGCAGGCACAGACAAUUAACUGUAGUUUGUACCUGUGCUGCUUCCAGCUGUGUUCUAUAAGUGCUCAAAAUGUUUUUCCACCACCACACAUAAUUUCCAUUUAACCAGGUGGUCUUCCAUUUUAACCAGGUGCAUGAGACUAACCUUUCUGCCAUAUCUGCACAACUUAUCCCCCCCCUCCCAAAAAAAGUGCUGGAGUCAAGUUCCAAGAAUAUUACAUCUUCGGCUGUCCAGGUAUUAUGCAAUCUACAUUUGUCACAGACGUAAUUAUAUCUAGCUACUUCUGAAGUUUUGAUUACUUGUCUUGAAAACCCUUCUGUCUUUUUACCAUUGCCUCAUGCAACAAUAAUUCACAUAUAUAUAUCGAUGACUCAUCAACAGAUAUAUUUCACUGGCUUUAAAGAAAAAAAACUUUAAAAUUAGUGAUAUUUCCUCUAAGGUUUGGUGAGUCAUUUGAUUAAUGUCUUAAAAGUAUAUAUAAUAUGCAGGAAGAUGAUGAAAUAUCUGUAUAUUAGCAGUCAUUUUCUUUAUAUGAGUUUGCUAGCUUCUGCCCUCAACCACUUUAUAUUAGCUGCAUUUCCAAAAGUCUUUAUUCUGUUUUUCUUAUGCCAUUGCAUUUGUCUUUACAAACUGUGGGAGGCAACAAAGUUAAUAAGAUAUGUGGAAGGAGUCUUUUCUCUUGAAAAAAGAUUGAAACAAAUAGUUUUUCUCUUUCCAAAAACUUGGGACAGGAUUCAUAACUGUGCCAUUUGUCCUACAGACCAAAAGGGAUUAGGACAGACAAACCCCAUCAUCUUCAUGCCACUUGGAAAAUUGCCUCCAAAAUGGAGGAGACCAGCCGGCAUGUAAGCUGCCAUUUUGAAUUUCUCACAUUGCCUUGCAGUAUAGAACUUGGAGGGCCGCCAUUUUACUCAUCCACAAUGCCACGAGAAAAUGCCACCAUGUAAAUUCCCUAUAAUUGGAAACCCUGAGGCAUUGUGGGAAAUUGUAAAUAGUAGUUUCCCAGACCCAUCCACCCAGCACAGGGGCUCAUGAGAGGCAUCAGCACCAAUGGGGCACUGAAGCUGCCCCAGGAUGUCUUGUGCUGAUGCUGGAACUACAGGAGAGUUUGAGACAUCAUUGUCAUAUAUUACAUGCCAGAUGUUUGAAGAAAAACACAGCACAGGUAAGGCCCCAUAUGCUUCUUGCAUUGCUCUUUAGAAAACUGAGGACACCAUUUCCGGAAUCUCUACUGUGCAGAGUGUGCUGCAUAUGUAUAGUGUAAUUUAACGAGAAGGCACAUUUGCCUCCAUAUCCAAAGUGGAUGGAGAGCAAUUGAUGACUGACUAAAAGAGGAAGGUAGAAAAAUCCCCCUAAUUCCUGUGUUUGUUGGCAUCUGCCAAUAACACACACUCUGGGGUUGAAGUCAAACCACUGCAUUAGCAGCACCAAAGGGACCUCCGUGGAGAGCAAGUCAGGGCAGUGCGUAUGGAGGUCCUGGUCUGCCUAGACAACAAUAUCCCCUCUCGGCCUCGCUGAUGUGGUCCUAAGGAAAGCAGAGAAAUAUUUUUGGCGCCAUCUUAGCUACAGGAGUUACUGGAAGGAGGCACACAAGGUACCAUCCAACUUUCUUAGGGACUCCACUCUGGAUUCGUGGAAGGGCUCCUUAGCCUUUUCUUCUCUGGAAGAUGUCCCACAAGUAUAAAUGAGUAUAGCCACAAGGCAGUAGAGGUUUAGGAUCAGAGUUUUCCUUCUCCUAGAUGGGCUACUUUCCCAGGUUAAUGAGCUCCACCUGUCCCUAACUUCCCUCUACAGCAUGUGAAGAAACGGCAUUCUUCAUUGGACCCACUAUUGGUCUCGUAUGCUCAAUCCUCCAGAGUCUGCCUUUGCAAGCAGGAAAAGUCCCUAACUUACUGAGGGUUUGAGACCCAUCAGCAACUCAAAGUACACCCACUGAAAUUGAUGGACAUUACUAAUGUAGGUUCCUUAAUUUCAGUGGGUCAACUCCAAAUAGAAUGUAUUUGGCUAGGACCAUUCUGUUCUACAGAACUGCAUAGUGGUGCAUUUUGAGCCUUCCAGAAGUCCUGGGUAUAACUGGAACUGUCUAGGGAUGGCUGAAUCAGACUGUGUCAAUUUUCAGUACGUUAACAAAUCAAUUCUAUCCCAUAUUAUAUGAAAAUCCAUAUUUACAUAUUCAUAUAUAUUACAAAAUACAUGGAUGGAUACAUAUUUUUAGCUCAAUGUAGUCACUUAUAAAUUUAUCUAAUCCUAAAACACGUCAAAGUGCAAGUAGAUAAAUAGGUACCGCUCCAGUGGGAAGGUAAACGGCGUUUCCAUGCGCUGCUCUGGUUCACCAGAAAGUGGCUUGGUCAUUAUGGCCACAUGACCCGGAAGCUGUACUCCGGCUCUCUCGACCAGUAAAGCGAGAUGAGCGCCGCACCCCCGAGUUGUCCGCGACUGGACCUAAUGGUCAGGGGUCCCUUUACCUUUACCUUUAAAUACUUAAAUACUUCAGUGCAUUUUUUUGGGGGGGAGAGGGAAUUUGAGGCAUGUUCUGCAUCUUCAUAUGGCUGAGUGGGAAUUUGAACCCUGGGCUCCCAGGUCUUAGUCCAACACUCUAACUAUAUUACACUGGCUGCCGAAUGACACUGCAUUUUGCCUUUCCCCCAUUUCAGCAGCUAUUUUGAUCUAGGCCAUUUCAGCCCAUGUCAGCCAGCUCUUGCCCAAUGGAACUCAGGGUGACAAAACAGCUGUCCUUGUGAUAACUGGGGCAGCUGCCCUUUGCAAAACAGAGCUAUUUACUCAGAAGCUCUUUUCAGCUGCUUCUGUUGCCUACGUUCGGACAAAUUCUCAUCUAGAAAGUUUCCGAAAACUUUCAUUACAGAUAUGUCAUUGGCUGGAGCCAUCUCAGUUGGUCCAACAAUAGGGGAGCUCUUCAAAAUGUAUAUUGUGAGACUCAUAAAGCAGAAUGGCUUCAUCACAGCCAUUAUUGCCUAUUGGGCAAAUGCAUGUAUUCAGCAUUUUUCUCCCCUAUCCAUAUUAUUACGUUCCAGGUCAGAAUGGCUGCUUUAGGGCCAUUCUGGUCUAUUGGGGGAUGCAAAGAUCGUUUUAGAAUGUUAGCUGUGGAUAGGAAAACUAUGCCAAGAAAACUAUGCAGAGAGAGGAGGGAAAUCUAAAUGCAUAAGCACCACAAUGGCCACUAGUCAGGUUUUCAGCAUAUAAAAAAAUAAAAGUUGCGGCUCCUUAAAUUGCAGGUCAUCCUAAUUGAAAAUGGGAGCAGCCUCUUAGUACUUUACAGAAGUCGGAUCAUGAGUCCAUCUACCUCACUGCUGUCUACACUGACUGGCAGCAGCUCUCCAGGGUCUCAGAAAAAAGCUUCACCCAGCACUACCUGAAUAUGCCAGGGGACUGAACCUGGGACAUUCUCCACAGAAAAGAUACACAUACACACACACGUAAUUUCAUCUGUAUGCCACCUUUCCAUAGUUCAAACCAUGCUGCAGACCUUUUCCUCCACCUGUCAGCAAGGACAGGUGAUGGGGGAUGGAUCCUCAUCUCUGUCAAUUCUAACAAUUCUAAUUGCAUCCAAAAAGGCCCAUGAAUGCCGUAGUUGGUGUACAUUAUGAUGCACUCGAGGUCCCAAGGGCUGAAAGCUCAGGAUGGGGUAGAAAUUCAAUCCAGUUCUCAUUCUUAGGUGGACAUUCCUAAUUUGCACUUCUCAAAACAAUAUGCAAACACAGCUAUCCUUCACAACCCACGCUUCUCCAAAUUUUGCAGUGCAGUUCGUCAGCCAAGUCACGUGCACAAAAAUGCAUAUGAAUUGUCCAUAAAAUGCAGAAUGACAUACAAAAACAGAUGCAAAGGAAUAUUGCUUUGGAAAAAAUGAACUAGGUUUACUAGGGGAAAUUGCAUAUGAAGCCAUGUUUAUUGGGAGAAAUGCAUACUAAAAUGCUGCAGAAUUUUCAAGAGGACUUGUUCUUUAAAAAAAAUUCUCAAACUGCUGUGGAAAAGGACAGAUAUAAGCUUAAGAGGGGAGAAAUGAGAAAUUGAAAUUGACGGAUUAGCCAAUCCCUACUGGAAGCAGACAAACAGAUUAUAAAUGAUCCAGGAAAAAUAUUUUUCUAUAAUAAAGAUAUUUACAAAUAUUAUAAAGGGUAAAGGUAAAGGGACCCCUGACCAUUAGGUCCAGUCGCGGACAACUCUGAGUUUGCAGCGCUCAUCUCGCUUUAUUGACCGAGGGAGCCGGUGUACAGCUUCUGGGUCAUGUGGCCAGCAUGACUAAGCCACUUCUUAAGCAGUGCACAGAAACACUGUUUACCUUCCCGCCAGAGCGGUACCUAUUUAUCUACUUGCACUUUGACGUGCUUUCAAACUGCUAGGUUGGCAGGACCAGGGACCGAGCAACGAGAGCUUACCCCGUUGCGGGGAUUUAAACCGCCGACCUUCUGAUCAGCAAGCCCUAGGCUCUGUGGUUUAACCCACAGUGCCACCCGUGUCCUAAAUUUAGCAUGGCUAAAUUGCCCUUAGUCUUUUUCUCAGCACAAUCUCACCAUCUUGUAUUCUGAACAUUUUUUUUCAGUUGAAUUGCCACUGAAUUUGGAUUUCCCUGCUGGGCUGAAGCAGCCAAAUAAUUUUGAGCACCACCAAAAUAAUGAUAACGUUAGUCAAAACAAAACAAAACAAAACAAAACAAAACACACAAUUGAAUGGGGUAUACUUGUGUAUUCAACAUUCCUAAUUUCAACUUUUGUGUUUAAAGAGGGGAGGGAUGUGUUCUCUUUUGGCCUUAACAGAAAGCUUCUUUUUUAAAAAAAGUUCAUUUCUAGAUUAUCCUCGCUUCUUUAUCUAAAUGUUCACAUUGUAGAAUGUGAAUAUGUGUGCGUUGUGUUUUGUUUCUCUUUGCAUCUGCGUAUAAACAAUAUCUGUACAAAUAUUCAAAACUAUAAAACACAUCAUAGUGGGAAAAGCAGAAGGAUUCUGAGUAAUAGACUAUUGGCAUUUUUCUUUGAAAUUACCAUUUCUUGCUGCUUUGGGAGAAAGCCAUGAUUUUGCUGCUAUUACUACACCCGUAACAAUUUGGAAUUAAUUCCUCAUCUCAGCCAUAUGACUAUUCUAAUGAUCCUUUUUACACUCCAGUACAAUCCCCUACAUAUGUGCCUUUUUAGAGCACAAAGACAACAUAUUUCAUGGUGGAAAUGUAUGUGGAAUUUGGACACUGAUCAAAUAUUCAUAGCAGGACAGAAUUAAUUUACUUUGAUCAAGAAAAUAAACAUUUUUAAUGUUGAUUGUCUUUACCUUAUCUUAUUAGUGUGCAUUGCCCUGUAGUCUUCUUAGAAUAAUGGAUGCUUCUUGUUGCCAGUAAAUUAGCAACUAUUAAAGAGGUCACUUUUUGACUUGUACAAGUAUUGGCUAUGAUUCAGAGCUCUGGUGUGCUGGGACUUCAUUUCCUUCUACAAGAAGAAUAUUGUUAUAUGUCCUAAUUUGAGCGUUUCUGCAAAAGUAGAACAGAAUCUAUUGAUUGAGGUAUUUAUUAUAUUCCAGCUUCCCGGGUAAAAGCCUCCUCAAAAUGACUCCCAGCAUAGCCAAACCAAUACAGUGUAAAUUGGGGGUAGUCAAUGAGUUUCUCUCCAGCUGUUCUUUUGGACUCCAACUUCUAUCACCCCUGCCCACUGGCCAUGCAUCUGAGGUUGAUGGGAAUUGUAGUCCAACAACAUUUGGAGGCAACCGCAUUGACAACCCCUGGUGUAAACAAUCCUAAAAACAAUUUAAAGCUAUAAAACAGAUGAUGUUGUUUCUUUUAAAAAAAAAAAAACCUUAUUAAAAUAAGAUAGCAUCAUAAAAGUACAAAAUUCAUGCAUGGAAAAGAAGCAAUGUAGCUCAUUCUCGAUUAUUCCUAUUAAGGUUUGUUAGGUGCAAUUUUGUGUUCUAAAAGUAUGGCGCUGCAAAAAUUAGUUGAAAAAGGUUUCAGUCCAUAGAAACCAACUCGCGAAUACAAUUUAAAAAAGAAAAUCUCUCUGAGGUGUGCCAACUUGAUAAUGGUCAUUUGGAGAUCUGUUAGCAGCAACAACAAAAACCCUUCAGAAUUUCAGAACCUUUUCACUUUGAUAUGCAUUUUCUUGGACUCUGUGUUCAAGCACACCAUCUCAUGAAACUUAAUGUGAUGUGAUGUGACUGAUGCAGGCUGACACCAUGUUGUCGCAAAGCAACAUAUCAGAACGCGGAUUUGAAGGAAAACAAAACAAAGCUUUUUCUCCUUCCCUCAAAGGCUAAAUUAACAUAGUAACAUUUUUUAAAGGGAGGAAAGAAGGUAUGGGUAUAUAAAAGAUUGAAAUACUUGCUUUUUGCUCUUCCAUUUCCCAAGGGACAUUCCUAGAAACCUGUUGCCAACAUAAGUCCGCUGCUGCAAUAAGGCACACGGCAGUAGCUGGAGUUAACCCAGUUCUUAGUCUUGCAAGUUCUUGCCUUUAUCAAACAAAACAUUUUGGCUAACCCAGGUAAACAAGACUCAGAUCAACCUAAGAUGAAAAGUUGCAAAUGAAUAUUAAGCAGAAAGGUAAUUCCAGGCUGAUGCUCCAUGCAGAUGCAGUAGAAAAGAAAGUAGUAUACUAGUAAUACAAAAUAACACGGAUUUCAUACUAGUUAAAUGUUACGGAUUUUCCCCAAACAAUCCUGGAAGUUGUAAUGCAGUGAGAGAAUGGAGAAUUGCCUAUUAGAGAAUGGUAGUCCUUCUCACAGUUCCCAGGGUUCACUAGGAACUGGCCAUUAAGCAAAUUUAACUCUGCUUGAGGAAUUGGAUCUUUGCAAAAUUUAAUACAAACUGACUGACCCACACAUCCUGGAUUAAUAUGUAGAUUGGAGCAUAGUUAUGCAUGCAUUUUUGCACUUUCAAAAUGUUUCAAGGCUAUUUCCAUUUCAGAAAAAAAAUGCAGAUACAUUUAAAAUCUGUAUUUUGAGAGAAACAGCACCUUAAAAUGUCAUGUGGAUUGAAUAAUCAUGGAUCAAUGCAGAAACAGGAUGGAAAGUACUCUCUGUGAAGUAUAACUGCACUCCCUAGCCAGUGCUUACAAGAGCCACUGAAAUGAUUGAGUGAAUGAGGCAUUUUCAGAAAGUCCAAAAAGUGAUAGAUCACCUUGGUAGAUUCAUCCUUAAAGUUUGCUACAAGUAGGCACAUCAAAAGGGGGUCACUUCUGAAACAGGUAUGAGAUAAACGGAGAAGAGCAAGGUUCCCAGGAGAAACAAAGUUUAGAAAAUGUACAUAGGCAAGCCAUUUUUUAAAAAAGCAAAACAAAACACUUUGUACUGCCAAAAUACACAGUGGUACAUCUGAGUUGUACAUCUUUCAAAGGUCCCAGAACAUUUGACCAUAGUGUCCACCUCUCUUGUUUCCACCUGGCUAUUCUGAAGCAGUCUUAGUUGCAUGGACUGAGCCACAGGUAAUCUUACUUUCUAGAACUGCAGCAGAAUAUUUGUCUUCUGAACUAUGAGAAGCCAUUCUCUUAAAGCGACUUUCAAAUGAUUAUAUGUUGAAAUAUACACCCCAGCUAGUAUAUAUGUGAUCUAUGACUAGAAAAGAAGGAGCCCGCAGCCCCCAAAUCCUCCCCAACUACCAUCUGAUAAAAAUGGUAUAAAUUACUUGCCUGCUUAUCUAGGCCUGGUUAUUUUAAGAUCUUGCUGCCCACAACCAGUUUUGAGCAGUAAUUAAUGGACGAUGUUACCCAAGAGAAAUGGGCAUUCUGCUUUGCCCCCUAGUUACAAGCAAAUUGCAGAUGUUGUUAUCUUUUGUAAGACUGAUCUCCAGAAUGGUGUGUUUUUUUGUUUUUUUUUUGUAUGACUGCUGCUGUAAACAACAUACCACUUCUUUUGCUCUUACACUUUUUGACCCGCACUGUGUAUACAUAUUUAUAUAUUAUUCAUACCGGAUUAAAAAUUGAUGUGCUCUUUACUGCUGUUGUACUGCACAGUGACAAUACAAAUUAACUUAUUGUGUACUUAACUUUUCACAUGACAGUGAUGUGAAAUUUUGAUGGCCCCCAAAAGUUAGUGAUGGAAAAACAAGGCAGUGGUGGGUUGAAACCACUUUCGGGUGCCAUUAAUGCUUUCCUUGCUUGUUAAACGCAGCUGAAUUAAUAAGCCCAAACUGUGAUAUGUUUUGCAGGGAUGUGAACAUUCAAACCCUUUUGCUGGGAUAAUGAUACCAAAUAGUGAAAGCAUUUUGGGGCAUAAUUAAGUGCUACUUAAUUUACACUUAUUGGAUCCUUCUUUUAAAAAAUUGUUUUGAAUUAGUGUUAACACUUUAAUGAAUAAGCGAAUCUGCAUGGCAGGUGUCACUGGCAUUGCAUAGGUAAAGCUAAACUUCAAGUCUUUAAUUGCACAUCCUUAAUGAUACAAUAAGGGACGCGGGUGGUGCUGUGGGUUAAAAGACUAAGGGCAAUUUAGCCAUGCUAAAUUUAGGACACGGGUGGCACUGUGGGUUAAACCACAGAGCCUAGGGCUUGCUGAUCAGAAGGUCGGCGGUUUAAAUCCCCGCAACGGGGUAAGCUCUCGUUGCUCGGUCCCUGGUCCUGCCAACCUAGCAGUUUGAAAGCACGUCAAAGUGCAAGUAGAGAAAUAGGUACCGCUCUGGCGGGAAGGUAAAAGGUGUUUCCGUGCACUGCUCUGGUUCACCAGAAGUGGCUUAGUCAUGCUGGCCACAUGACCUGGAAGCUGUAUGCCGGCUCCCUCAGCCAAUAAAGCAAGAUGAGCGCCACAACCCCAGAGUCGGUCACGACUGGACCUAAUGGUCAGGGGUCCCUUUACCUUUACCUUUAAUGAUACAAUGCAAGGUCUCCUCAGGAGUAAGUCCCAUUAAGUUCAAUGGGAUGUGACUGCCGGGAAAGUGACUGCAUGAUUGCGGUUUAAAAAAUAACCAAAAAUGUUGUAGAGUUCUAGAGCUGUAAGAUGCAAAUAAGCUAUGCAGCCAUAGUGAAUUGUGGGAACUGUAGUUUGUUAAGGGUGCUGAGAGUUGUUGGAAGGACUGCCCCCCCAUUCCUCUGAAGGAGCCACAGUUCCUUGAAUGGUUUAAACUAUCAAUCCCUCUUCCUAGGGAACGCUAGGAAUUGUAGCUCUGUGAGGGGAAGAGGGGUCUCCUAGCAACUCUCAGCACCCUUAACAAAUGACCAUUCUGAAGAUUCUUUGGAGGAAACUAUGGCUGCUUAAUGUGGUAUAAUACUGCUUUAAAUAUAUAGCACAGAUGGGCCUCAGAUUUAGCAGGAAGAAGCUGGUAGAAGCAACCAAUGCUGUGUUGCAGGUCAAAGGGAGCUCACAAACUGGAGACACAACUGUUUUGGAGAUCAAGGGGGGGGGAUGGACUGGAGCUGCCCAAGUUCCUUGGCUGAGGAAGGGGUGGCUAGGUAAAUGGUCAGAACUCCAGAAGAAAAGAACCUGUUAGAUUACACCAUGAAAAACUCUGUCUCGGGAUGAGCAUUUAGGAUUAGCAUGGGGGUUUAUGAAGGCGACGUCUCUUUUGAGUCAUGUGGACUACAGCAUCCAAACAGCACCCAUUGUGCUGAUAAGACAAGCCCAGAGUGGGGCCAAAGACUGGGAGUAUUACAGGUGUGAAGGAGCUUUGAGGAAACCAUUGGGUUCAAUGUUCAGUAAUGUAGUGGUUCUUAUUUAAGAUUCCUAGUCUCUGUAUGUGGAGAGGCAGUUUCUAUGGGACCCUCUGACUGUGAUGCCUCAUUAAGAAAUCUGAUGAGACUAAUUCCCAAUAGUAUGUUACUUCAACAAAUUUUGAACCUAUUUAUACACUCAAAAUAUAGAAACUACUUGUUGUAUUCCAUCUCUUAAGUUCAGUUUCAGUAAUAGGUGUAGCUGAUCUGCUUAAUUAUGGGCUGACAUAUUUAUGAUAGGCGUGCUUCCAUUUGAGGAAAGUGUGUAUGAAAUGCUAAAGUUAGGGAAAACAGCAUACCAGGAUGCAUUAUAUUAGGGGAAAUUGCAUGCAGAAAUCUGUAUAUAUUGAAGACUCUUUUUUUGUUAAAAAAAUGCAAAUUAUUUGAAAAAUACGGCAAACACAAUUGAAGAUUGGAAACAAUUAUAAAUGGGGACUUUGAAAUCAACAGAUCUGCCAAAGGCUCCAAUCUGCAGAUGACAGGCAACUGUGCAUCAGUAUUGUUUUCAUAUUUUCGAACAUGGAAAUACUUAACUUAGCCCUUAAAGGGUGCCCAAUGUAGAAGUUAUGAGUGACGAACAACCAGAAUAUGGUCCCUUGACUUAUUUUUCCUUCACUCUCUGUCUGCCCUACUUGCCCUUUCUUUUAGUUCUUGUUUUUCCAUCUGCUCCCUGCUUUGUCCCCUGGUUCAGCUCACUGGGGCCUUUAUCUCCAUGCUCCUAGUAUCUCAUUCUACUAAGCUUUGAGGUUUCACAUUUGCCACCUGGCUCCAUAUACUUCCACUUGCCCUGGAAUCUGACAGCGAGGGUUUUCCUCAGCAAACUUAUCUUUCUUUUCAGCCCACUGAGCCUUCUACUGCUGACAACUUCCCUCAGCAAAUAGGAUGUUCGUGGACAUCCCAUGGCAUCACUUCAGCUCAGCCAAUGGGUGCCAGAAGUUUCAUUGUUACCGCGAUAUAAUCCCUUAGCACAUUACAACAUAGAUUAUAUGGGUCUGUGAGGUAAUAAACAGAUUAAGCCUUAGACUCUAAAGUGCAGUUUCUCCAUUAAUGGCUUUUUAAAACCCUUCUGCUGAAAAUUCCAGAGCUGUACCUACCUCCUGUUUAUAAUUUUGGUCUCUGCUUUUCCUAGUACUUUUCCUUUGGGUGUGUAAACUGACACUGCACAGUUAGAGUAAACUUUCCUUCUUCUUCCUUCAUCAUCAUAACUUUUCAGUAGCACUAGAUGGAAAAACAGACAGGUUUUCACUUGGAAAGGGGGUCAAUAAUGAUUUAUUGGCAUGUACCUUUUAGAAGAGGGGUGCAGGUGGUGCUGUGCUGUAAACCACAGAGCCUAGGGCUUGCCGAUCAGAAGGUCAGUGGUUCGAAUCCCCGUGACGGGGUGAGCUCCUGUUGUUCAGUCCCAGCUCCUGCCAACCUAGCAGUUUGAAAGCAUGUCAAAGUGCAAGUAGAUAAAUAGGUACAUCUCCAGUGGGAAGGUAAACAGCGUUUCUGUGCACUGCUCUGGUUCACCAGAAGUGGCUUAGUCAUGCUGGCCACAUGACCCGGAAGCUGUCUGCGGACAAACGCCAGCUCCCUCGGCCAGUAAAGCGAGAUGAGCACUGCAACCCCAGAGUUGUCCGUGACUGGACUUAACUUCAGGGGUCCCUUUACGUUUACCUUUUAGCAGCCAGGAGUUUGACUUGAAUACAAUCCACCAAUGGCACUUAAACCUAUAGAUUUAAAUGGAAUUAAGCAGAAUGCAUUAUUUGAUGGAUGGCAUUGAAGAAGUUCCAUAUGUGCCCAUCUGGAUCAUGUCUAAUGAAUGCAUAAAGUCCGAAUCAUUUGGUCAGUUCUGCCUCUGCAACAUGUCUGCAUCCUCUGUGCAUGUGUGUAAACAGAAAGGGGGAAAAAAUCAGACGGGGGGGAAAAGGAGGGGGCUAACAUUGUUCUUCAUAUGUGAUUAUUAGGUCAUGUCUUCCAAUAGCCUUAGCUUUUUAUGCAGAUGGUCAGGCACAUUUAUUUAUUCAUUUAUUUCAGCAAAUUAAAGUAAGCUAAGUGCAUUUGACCUCAGAUGGCCCUGGUCUAAGUUAAUUUGAGAGACAAAGCUCAUAAAGUUCCAGUAAGACACAUCAACAACUUCCCAGCAUAGGUUGAAAUGUGAUUGCGGCAACAUAACCUUCCAAGCCAGAUGCAGCAUGAAGUCUCAGGCUGGCUCAGAAUAAUCUGGAACAAUUUGGUGUCUGCAAGGCGGGCCACAAACGCAGCGUGAGAAGGGUGAGCCACCACUUGCUUCCUUUAGCUGCACAGAACCUUGUGAGAACAGAACAGAACACGAAAAUGGAAGGAGAGCCUGCUGGACCAGGUCAAUAGCCCAUCUAUUCCAGACUUUUGUUCUUACAGCGGCCAAUCAGAUACUGCAAUGGGAGGCCCUCAAGUAGGACCCAAACACACAGGAGCCUUCUCCCCUCCUGCGGUUUCAAGCAAUUGGCAUUCAGAAGCAUUGCUGCCUCCAACUGUGGAAAUAGAACAUAGCCAUUGGGGCUAGUAGCCAUUGAUAGCCCUCUUCUCCAUGAAUUCGUCCAAUGCUCUUUUAAAGCCAUCAAGCUUGGUGGCCAUCACUGCCUCUUGUGAGAGGGAAUUAUGUAGUUUAACUAUGCACUAUGUGAAGAAGUACUAUAUUUUACCUGUCCUGAGCAGCCUACAGUAGGAACAAAUUCCACACUUGACCCAAGGACUUCCUUCUUAAGCCUUCCAACAUUCAGCUUCAAUGGGUGUCCACAAAGUUCUAGUGUUAGAAGAGAGGGAGAAGAACUUUUCUCCAUCCACUCUUUCUGUGCUAUGCAUCAAACAUCUAUCAUGUCACAUCUUACUUGCCUUUCACCUAAACUCUGUAACAUCCCUUCUUGUUUCCGUUCUUCUCUAACAAUUGAGCGCCUUAGUGUCCCUUUUCCACUUGAAGAAAAAAGAAAAUCGAAUUCAAAUUAAAUGUGUGCCAUGGCAUUAAAAUUCCAUAAAACUAGUUUAUUGAAAUAGGCUGCAAAAUGACAUUCAAUUGUACAUGUCGUUUCAGUAUUAUUUACAAAGUUACCGUACAUAUUUACAAGAUACUGGGGAUUGGCUGUUGCUUUUUUUAAUAUUUUAAAAAAUCCAAUAGCAUGCAGUGGCAUGCGGACAUUGGACUGAGGGGACUCAGCUAAUCCCCUAAAUGUUCCCCUGCCACCUCUUUCGCAAAGCACAGGAAGUUUCUACCCAGCUUAGGGAGGGAGGCGCAAUGCUCACAUGCAAGACGUCAUGAUGUCACAACACCACACGCAUAAAAUAUCGACCCCCUCAUGCCCCUCACAAGGUAGCACCUCUGCCCCUAACUGUUCCACUACAAAAAAAUUCACUGCAUGCCACUGACAGAAUAUAUUUUCGACCCCUAUAUCCCAGCACUGAUCCACAGGUGACUUUCCAAGGUGCUAAAGUCAUGGCAGGGAACGCUGUGUAUCCUGAAUCUCAAGAAGUGGGGGAGGGGGGCACAAUUAGUGUGAAAUUUGCCCAGUCUGUUUUGAAAAUAGCAGAGACAGAGAGGCCCUGUGUCUGGCCAAUUAAGUCCUGUAAAUUUCACGUCCUGGGAAACUGAGGCACGGCAGUACCUGUGUGAAGACUGUGGGCUUGUGUACGCACCAUACAUUUGAAACACUCCCUCAACCAAGAAUCUUGGGUACCCCUCACAGAACUACAGUGGUACCUCGGAUUACAUACGCUUCAGGUUACACAUGCUUCAGACUCCGCUAACCCAGAAAUAGUGCGUCAGGUUAAGAACUUUGCUUCAGGAUGAGAACAGAAAUCGUGCGGUGGUGGCGCGGCAGCAGCAGGAGGCCCCAUUAGCUAAAGUGGUGCUUCAGGUUAAGAACAGUUUCAGGUUAACUACGGAGCUUCGGAACGAAUUAAGUACUUAACCUGAGGUACUACCGUACAGUUCCAGGCACCCUCAAAAAACUGGGGGUCGGGCAGAGCUUUAAAUGUAUAGGGUGUAAGCAGAAAGGGGCUGUAUGAUUCAGUCCACAUAUAAGAGAAGGGGAGACUUGUGUUUUUACAUUAUUCCAUUCUGUGAACUGCACUACAGAGGCUGGGUGGUGGGGAACCCCUGCAGGCCUGAGGAAAUGCUAACCCAAUGUUUGUCUGUUGCACAGGUCACCGGCCUUUCCAGUGCAGAUACUGCCCCUACAGUGCCUCUCAGAAGGGAAAUCUGAAGACCCACGUCCUUUGUGUCCAUCGCAUGCCUUUUGACAACAGCCAGUAUCCAGACCGCAGGUUCAAGCGCUCCAGAGUUGACGCCGAAGCUUCUGGGAAUUCCGAGGAACCUGGAGCUGUCAAACCUGGGAGCUCGACAGAGUUAACGGAGGAGGGCAGCCAGGCCCAGGAGUAA